AUGCUGGGAAAUGUAGUUCCUCUCGUCAUAAAACCCCAGCGCAGUCGUAGGCAGAGAAACUACAAUGCCCGCCAGCCAAGCAUCUCGCCGGCGCGCACUCUUACGUGCCGCGCUGACCCCUCCCCUCAAUACACGUCACCCAAUCCGUGCGAAGGGGCUGAUGGGACGUGGGAGGAACUUUCUGGUGACGUGCAGAGGAAGAAGGAAGAAGGGUCUGUUAUGACGGCCCUUCCUGCGCUUUGCCUGUCGGGAAUGGUAGUUUGUUGUCUUAGCUGCUGCGUAGUUUUCCUGAUGCUUAUCAUUAAAGUUUUUGUUUAGUUUGCUUCUGGUAAGUUGUAUCAGCCAGUCUCCACUCCCCCGUCCCCCUUUGUAAUAGUUAAGGACUCAAAGCCCACCAUAUGCCACGGGGUCCCCCUUCCUUCCCGCCUAAAGGCAUUUUGGAUUUUCCAGAGGAUGCUUAGAAGCAUUUACAGGGAAUGCCAUUUUCAGAGCUGUGGGCUGAGCCAGUAGAGGGCGAGAGUGGAAGUGCUUGGAAGCAGCUCAAUGCUACAGCCUGUUCCUGUGAGUAGGUAGCUUCUUCCAUGUGAUUUGGAGCCUUGGUCGCCCCAGGAUUCCCAGACACGUUGAAAAGCCUAGCUCUGUGUUUUUGUUUAUUUAUUGCAUUUAUAUACCACCUUUAUAUCCAAGUUGCUAAAGGUGCCACUCUUUAGCCAUGAGUUUCAGACUGAGUGGGGAUUCAAAUCCUGGUCUCCCAAAUUCUAGCCCGAUGUUCUAAUAAUCACUGUUUUUAAGGCUGCCCAGACGAAAUAUAUUAAAGUAUUAAUAUAAUAUAAGCAUUAAUAUAAGUAUUAAAUUGAGUUUUACAUCACAGCAGUCUUUACAUGUCAAUGAAAUGCUUUAUGUUGACGAAAACAUAUUGACAAGCACAUCUUUUUAGAUACAAAACCACCCUCCGGGACCUUCCAUAGGAGAAAUUGUGAUGAAAAUUACUCUCUGGGAGUAGCCAUCUUGCAUUUUCAGCCACACAACCUUUCCCUCACCUUUUUGGAGAGGGUAACCCCAGCCCAAUAAAUUUUUGUCUUCCUUUUAACUAAAAAAAUCAGCUGUCAAACAAUGGACAAAGGCAUACUAUUCUGACUGUCUUAGGAACCAGAAGCAACAAAGAAUUUUGUGGCUCCUUAAAGACUUACAUAUUUAUUGUAUCACAUAUUUUUUGUGAACUAGAAUUCACUUCUUUGGAUGUGUGACAUUGGUGGGCAUACAUUAAGUACAGAGAAAAAAAUAUAAGGCAGGAAAGCUGUAUUGUAUAAGCAGUUAUACUCAUUUCCCACUAGGUGUCAGAAUAUUGCUGGAGAUGCGGAUUUGAUAGGACAGUUUUGAAGUGUUUCAGAUUCAUAGAGAGCAUAUUAACCUUUGGUAAUCUUUAUCCAAAUUUUUGCAGAUGCAUAAAUCAUAAAGAAGCCUCAUCAUUUUCUGCCUAUUAUAUUUAAUUCUCUAGGUCUAACAAAUUCACUGAACCUUCCUAUGAAAUCAUUCUGGAAGCUGACAAUGAAAUCCAUUCUUUCAUUUUCACAUUUACAGUCACGACGUUAACGUCAUGUUAGCCACAGUGGUUAUUUUCUGGGUGAAUAUUCCAUGAAGACAGUAGGUCCUUCACAAGUGCAGUCAAAACCAUAUGUUGCAAAUCUUGUGUCUAAAUUCAAUUUAUGCAAUGGUGGAUGCUUUCAGGUUUCUUUUUUUAAACAAUCCUGAUGCAUUCAGCAACCACUGUUAUAAUAGUAUUUCAACUUGGCAGGAAUGUUGCAUGCAUAUGGCGAGGGUUGGGUUGCUCUUAAGGAAGAGACGGAGUUAAAUAUUCUCCUUUUCACUUAAAGGGAAGACCCCCCUACCCACUUUCAAAACUCAUUUUUCUUCCUGCUCCACUGUUUGGAAAGAGUUGGGGUGAGGCUAAAUUGCAUCUUCAGGGUUCAGAUGGCUGAUUUGAAAGGUGGUUGUGGCAGCUUGUUAUGCCAGAGGCCCCAAGCAGAGAGCAGUCAAGAUCUCAUGAGAGAGACAAAGGCAGGGAAUAGGCACUGUUUCACUGUGACAACUGGUUCUUCAAGGACAGUUAUGGGCAACCUGUGGUCCUCCAAAUGUUGGUGGACUCCCAAAUUCCAUCAUUCCUAGCCAGUGUGAUCAUUGUCAGGAAUGAUGGGAAUUGUAGUCCAACAAUUUGGAGGUCCAUAGGUUCCCCAAACCUGCUCAAGGGAGAGACAAGUGGUGGUGGUCAGCUAUUCCUCCAGCAACCCAGCAGUUGCUCUCUUCCUCCUCCUUCCCUGCUCUUCCCCACAGUAGGUACUUUGGAUGUAGAGAGAUGUCCAUCCUCAAUGUGCUUUUGCCUGGGUGUGAAUUUCUGUUAUGAUGUCCAGGAAGAGAGGCACCAGCUACAGAGCUCACCUCUAGUUUCCUUUAAGUUUCUCUCCCCAUCUUCAACGACCUCCCCUCCCCCCCAAAGUAAAGUGGGCAGCUUCAAGGCUCAUAUGUAGCAACCAGUUUCCCUGCUCUCUCUAUAGUGUAUUAAUAUUAACCUUGAGUUGUGUUGGCAUGUACAGCUUAAAAGCAAGGAGAUGGGAAGUUGAUUGGUGUCUUAUGAUGAGCUCUAAAUGAUAGAUGCUCUGACCUACUUAAUAGAUGCUGAAUAUUUUAGGAUACUUCCAGACAUGGCUUCUAGCUGCAGAGUGGAAUGCAAUCUUUCUUGAGCAUCUGAAGAUACACAGACAAUAGCCACAGCCUGCCUACUGCAUCAGAAGAUGUUGUGUAAGAAAUCUUUUUAUGUUUCCAUUGUAAUAAGAAGCAGGACUAUUUAUUAGUGAUGAAAUUCAUUAUCUGUGAAUUUCAUAGAGAUCUUAAGCACAGAAUUACCAGUUUAACAGCAAAAUCAUAUGAGCCAGUGCUAGGUAGACCAAUGGCCUGACUGGUAUAAGGCAGCUUAUAUAAGAGUAAAAGAUAAAGGGACCCCUGACCAUUAGUUCCAGUCACGGACGACUCUGGGGUUACGGCGCUCAUCUCACUUUAUUGGCUGAGGGAGCUGGCGUACAGCUUCCAGGUCAUGUGGCCAGCAUGACUAAGCCACUUCUGGCGAACCAGAGCAGCGCACGGAAAUGCCGUUUACCUUCCUGCCAGAGUGGUACCUAUUUAUCUACUUGCACUGGUGUGCUUUAGUACUGCUAGGUGGGCAGGAGGUGGGACCGAACAACGGGAGCUCACCCCGUCGCGGGGAUUCGAACCGCCGACCUUCUGAUUGGCAAGCCCUAGGCUCUGUGGUUUAACCCACAGCACCACCUGCAUCUCUCUCUCAUAUAAGCGUAAGAUACCAUUAAAAGACAACAACUUAGAAGUCCUUUGACAGUCAUGGCAAUAGCUCUAUGUGCACACAUGUCUCUUUAAACUGAGUGGGGAACUUCAGGCCUAGGGACUAAAUAUGGUCCUCCAGGCCCCUCUCUUGGGACUCUGCCCAGGCCAUGUGCCCAUGCCCUCUGUGACUGCUUUUACCUGGCUGCUUUUACCUAAAAACUGUUACUGCAUCUUUGGUUGAGAGGAUGGAGGUGGAUGGUGAUGUGUAGAAACUUCUUUUUGCAUGGUUGGAACUUUGACUGCUAUACAAAGUUAAGAGUUGUGUUCAUUGUUCUAUACACUUUUACCUCUUGCCCAACCCACUACUGACAUGUGACAACUACGUACCACUUCAUUUCCCAAAUAACUGCCCUGUGAACCGGUUGUGAAUCACCCUGAGAUCUAUGGAUGAAGGGAGGAAUAAUAAUAAUAAUAAUAAUAAUAAUAAUAAUAAUAAUAAUAUACUAUACAAGUCAAUGUCCCUCCCUUGUUGGUUCAUACUGAAUCUUCUUGGCAGAUACAGUGGUACCUCAGGUUAAGUACUUAAUUCGUUCCGGAGGUCUGUACUUAACCUGAAACUGUUCUUAACCUGAAGCACCACUUUAGCUAAUGGGGCCUUCUGCUGCUGCUGCGCCGCCGGAGCACGAUUUCUGUUCUCAUCCUGAAGCAAAGUUCUUAACCUGAAGCACUAUUUCUGGGUUAGCGGAGUCUGUAACCUGAAGCGUAUGUAACCCGAGGUACCAUUGUACUAGGUUCCAGGCAAGGAACCAGAGUUGUUGUAGCUGUAUUCCCACUUAACAAAAAACAGGUACAAAGCCGGAAGGGCUAUGGGCAUAAACGUAGUGGGUUACUUACAAAUAGCCAUAUUUAUGUUCAAAUCCUGUGAGCAUUAAUGGGGUGGGAUUGUCAUUGUUCUCUAAAGUAGGCAACUAGCACCGCACCGGGUGGCGGGGAGAAGUUAGGCAUGUGAAACCAUCUCUGGAUUGCGUUCAUAAGCUUUCAGGUGGUUAAUAUUGUGCCUAAUGUUGGUGGAAAUAGAAUUUGGCUAUUUUUAAUGCUAGGACAGAGCUACUAUUGAACAGCAAACUAUCCUGUCUAUUAGAAGUUGCAGUUACUCUUAACAAACAUCAUAAUAUACAGGAAUAGCUGUGCCUUUGGCAUAGUUUAGAGACAACAUGUUUCAUUAUGUUCAGCCUUCAUUUUAUUUAUUGUUUGCUGCUUAAUGUUUAUUCUAGGCGCUGCAACAGAAAAGUUCUUUGCCUGUGGCUCACAAUCACAACCUCUGUGACUUUCAGGCAGAGGUGAGAGGUGUCAUUAGUAUGUGAACAUCCAUCAUUAUUUUACAGUAGGAUAUAGUUAAUCAAUGCAUAGUGAGAUAAUGAUUAAUAAGGGAUAAUGCCCCGUUGGAAUUGUUAAAACCCAAUCAAUUUUUUAUCAUUCUCUAGGUAUGGUCACGUAGAAACUAUUAGACACUGUAUAAGACAAUUUGUGAAGGUGCAGAAAGUCCAGCUCCAGUAGACCUCAUUGUAAUUAGUAAAGUGAAAACUUCCAACUCAUCAGCAUAAGUCAAGGUCCUUAGUGCUAUUGCUUUAUAUCUUUCCAGAAAUCUCUAGUCAUUUGGCAUCCAGUUUGCUUUAGCUGUAGCCUCUGCUAAGACUUUCAACAUACCUGGAGGGUUCUUAGAGCUAUUUCUGACAAUACUGAUGGAAUCAUUCCGACAUUAGUCAGAUUAUUCUUACAAGAAAAGCAAAAAUGUUACCCACAACUUGUCUCAUUUUCUCAGCAUCACUCCCCCGUAUGCUGUCAUGUGAGUAGCAAGUGUCUGUUUUGCCUGGAGAAAAAGUUUGUUGAAAGCAGAUACUGUAAACCUGCAUUCCUUGCAGAGAGGCUGUACACCUCUCUUGAACAUGAUCUAGCUGUAAAAAUAGAAGCAACUCUUUACUGCACAAACCGCAGAACAAUAAAAAUAUCCAGCAAGGCUCUCUACCUUUGUUCUGCCUGGCUGGAGUUUAUAGGCCCAUUGGGUUGCAUCUUAGCUCUUUAUGUAACUUGCCAUUACUAUGUUCUCUGUACCAAUUCUUGGUUUAUUGUAUAUGCCAUUUAGUGUAUGUCUGUGUGUGUUAGAGAGAUCCUCCGCUAUGCCUCUGAAUAAUUAUGCAUUAAGGGAACUUACACUUACUGAAAUUUUUACAACGUUUAUCAGCUGCAGAUUCCAAUUCCCUAAUUUGUUGUUUAGUCGUUUAGUCGUGUCCGACUCUUCGUGACCCCAUGGACCAGAGCACGCCAGGCACUCCUGUCUUCCACUGCCUCCCGCAGCUUGGUCAAACUCAUGCUGGUAGCUUCGAGAACACUGUCCAACCAUCUCGUCCUCUGUCAUCCCCUUCUCCUUGUGCCCUCAGUCUUUCCCAACAUCAGGGUCUUUUCCAGGGAGUUUUCUCUUCUCAUGAGAUGGCCAAAGUAUUGGAGCCUCAGCUUCAGGAUCUGUCCUUCCAGUGAGCACUCAGGGCUAAUUUCCUUAGGAAUGGAUGCGUUUGAUCUUCUUGCAGUCCAUGGGACUCUCAAGAGUCUCCUCCAGCACCAUAAUUCAAAAGCAUCAAUUCUUCGGCGUUCUUUAUGGUCCAGCUCUCACUUCCAUACAUCACUAUUGGGAACACUAAAGCUUUAACUAUAGGCAUGGAUAGGAAACCUAGUUCUAUAAUGUAAAGCUCCCUUACUGCCCUGUCCUAUAGUCCUCCUGUCUCUGAAGCUCUUUUACACCUGGACUUUUACUCUUCAAGCUGCCUUCCCAAUAAAUGCCAGGACAAACAUGUGAUUGGCCAAAUUUUGGCCAGUCUAUCAUUUCUACUAUACAGUGGUACCUCCGGUUGCGAACAGGAUCCGUUCCAGAGUCCUAUUCGCAACGUGAAAAGCCUGCAACCUGAAGUGCCAUAUCUGCGCAUGUGCGUGGCGUGAUUUAGUGCUACUGUCCAUGCGCAAGCAGCAAAACCCCGAAGUAACCGUUUCUGGUACUUCUGGGUCACCGCGGGAUGCAACCUGAAAAAACGUAACAUGAAGCGGACGUAACAUGAGGUAUGACUGUAUUUUGAUUGUUGCCAUCCAACUGCUACAGCUUAUCAGCAAAGCAUACAGUUUCCCUAAAUGAGUCACAUUUGUCCUGUUUCUUGACACCACACUCCGUUUGCAUUUUCCCAGUGGGUCUGUUCCCACCCUCAGACAUUUUCUGCCCUCAUCAACAGCUACUUUCUCCCACUGCAGUCAACUUCAUUUAUAGCUCACCCUUUGCCUUGUGGGUUACACACAGCUCAAUAUAAUUAAACCACGUACUACAUAAAUAUUAAAUGGCAGGGAUAGUCUCAUCUCAUCUUCCACUGCUAAGGUAAAGGGACCCCUGACCGUUAGGUCCAGUCGUGACCGACUGGGGUCACGGUGCUCAUCUCGCUUUACUGGCCGAGGGAGCCGGCGUACAGCUUCCAGGUCAUGUGGCCAGCAUGACUAAGCCGCUUCUGGCGAACCAGAGCAGCGCACGGAAACGCCAUUUACCUUCCCACUGGAGCGGUACCUAUUUAUCUACUUGUACUUCAUGCUUUCGAACUGCUAGGUGGGCAGGAGCAGGGACCGAGCAACGGGCACUCACCCCAUCGCAGGGAUUCAAACUGCAGACCUUCUGACCGGCAAGCCCAAGAGGCUCAGUGGUUUAACCCACAGUGCCACCCGCGCUUGAUCUGGCAAUGAAAUGUAUAAAAUAAAAUUAUAUGGCCAGGUGCACCUCAGAGGAGAGGGCAUUUCACAACCUAGGAGCCACCACAGGUAAGGCCCUUUCAUGCACUGCUGCCCCAUGAACAGAGGACAACAGAACUGUCAACAGGACGUCCCAUGCAGAUGUCAGCAGUUGGGCAUUUCUAUAUGGGAAGAGGUGCUCCUUCAGAUAUUUGGGACCCAAGCUGACUGGGCUUUUUAUGUCAAUGUAUGCACUAGAACUGGUCGUGAUGCUGACAUAAAUCCAUGGAUUUUAUUGUAUCAUUUUUUAAAAUCUUUUUAAAUAAAAUACUUAAUUAAAAAAAAACCAUUUAAAUUUAGCACACACUGUUUCUUUAAGAUAAAAGCAGUCACCAAGUGGUGAGUCCAAAUCAGAUUGAGCUAUGUAGCUGGUAGAUGAAUGGAAAUCUUUCCUGUCCUCACAUUUCCCUGUUCAGACACAGCCCAGGUACCUGUCUGUCCGUCCACACUCUGCUGUGGUUUAGGAUGUGGUUUGGGACAAAGUAUCUGUAGAUGGAGAACAAGUUGAUUUCCCCUUUGCCCCCUUCCAUUUCUCCACUCUCCUGAAGUGGCUUUUCAUUCUUAAAAAUGGUGUUGGGGUUCAGUCACAUGUAUUUGCAUGCAGUGUGUACUUAACUCCUUUCCCUAUUUCUUUUUGAGAUGAGUCCACUUUGGAUCUCACUGUUUCUUCCUGUUCUUUGACCGCCAUGGAGUCCUCUUUCAGUGUGACAUGUACAGCUAUACCUAGCAGGUUCAUUCCAGUCUAAACACCCACAACAUAAAGAUGGUCAAAGAUAUUGCAAUUGAUUUGUAUGCUGUCUGUGCAAAAGAUUAGGCUUUCUGGAUGAUGUAUUCGUCACAAAUGAAUCAGCUUUUCCAUAUGUGUUUUCCCUCUGUUAUUAUUGCAAUUUAAAACAAAUGCUUUUAAACUGCUGUUAAAUUUAAAUUAUUCCAUCUAAGUAUUGCUUUCUAGUUUUCCAUCUCAGCAGACACUGUUCCAUUUGAAUAGCAAAAUGGACACUGAAUCAGGGUAGUUAGAGACAGAAAAGCCCUAUUAGGCUAGAGUCCAUCACCCAGUAAGUGCAGGAUGUAAUACCUUGACAGAGGCCAUAUCAGAUAUUAAAUUGAUAUAGUACAUAAGCGCUCCACAUUAACUGCAAUUAUAAAGAAAGAGGACAGCCAGGGAGUGAAAUGUUCAUUGGAAUAAUAGUUUAGUAAUCCUGAAAGCAAGAGGCAAUAUCCAGCAGAUUAGUACAUGAAAGAGUCUAUAAAAUAUAGUAGAGAUGGGCAACUCAUAUAUAUAUAUAUAUAUAUAUAUAUAUAUAUAUAUAUAUAUAUAUAUAUAUAUUAGCACUUAUGCAUUUCCAGUAUAAACUCCAAUAUAUGUCACCUUAUUUAAGCAUCAUUUCUAUAAAAAUGGUAGAUGACUCCCAGGUUGUGGUCUUGCCACCUUACCAAGCAGGUCUGAGCUUGGUUAAUGACUGCCUGGCUACCACAUGUUCACUGCCUUGGGCUCCAUAAUGGAAGAAAGGUGGUGUGUGUGUGUGUGUGUGUAGCCAUUCUCACUGCUACAUACACUGUGUAGUCAAAUAUAUAGCAAUUAUAUAAGUUGUUUUGUCUAGAGUGCUCUUUGUUCUCAAUUUUUUAACUGAUGGUUUUAAGGAGGGAGCAUUCAGUGAAUAUGCUGCAGGGGUAGCCAGUAUGGUGUCAUCCAGAUAUUUGUGGGACUACCAGCUCCCAUCAUCUGUACCUAAUAGGUAUGCUAGCUGGGGCUGAUGGGAGUUUCAGUCCAACCACAGCUGGAGGGGAACCACAUUGGCUAUGCUGGAUUAAAGGUUGAGAAUGGCUGGUCUAGCCAUUGGACGUGAAUUUUGUGUUGAUAGUGCUGCAGGUUACAAAAAAAAAAUUAUAGUAAAGAGUGUUGUCAAAAAUAUUUCUGUAAUGCAGGGGAGUUGUCAGUUUUCCCGAGAAACCACGGUGACUUCCUUGCUGAAAGGUUUUGAAUUUCAGCAUUCUGUAGCUGCAGUGGCUAUCAUAAAUUUGGAUAUUGAGCUGGGGAGCUGCAGCUACCUUGGAGAUAAUUGAUUUCCUCCCUGAAGUAAUUUAGUAGUGUUCACUUCAGAGAACAUCUUUCUGAUUAUUGACUCUGUAUUAUUAGUCGUUUGCAAAAUUAUUGCUAUAGCUACGAAAGAACGUCACAGUUCUCUCCAACUUUGGCACCUUUCCUUGGGGUUUGCUUUUUAUGCCAAGCUGGCUUUAAUAAUCUUGUGCUUGCAAAGAGAAGCUGGUCUCUCUCUCUCUCUCCACACUCCCCACCUCAGAGAAGUAGGAAUUCUGGCAUCUUGGUUCUUUUGUGAGCCCAUGCAUUGAUCUUAGAACUACUACCAUCUCAUGUAAAAAGUGCUUUGAAAGAGUCAAUGCCAGUUAUCUUUUUGGAGUAAUCACCUUCCAGCAAAGCAAGGAAUAUUUACCAUUGACUCCAAUAUGUAAAAGGUUGCUUGCGCCCUUGUGGACAAGUCACUCUAUGCAGUGUGUAUGCAUUUCCACCUGUGAAUAAAUUCUCAAGACCUCCAUUAAAAAAAAAAAUCUUAUAGGCAGAAAGUCUGGGACAGGUACAUAAUCCUGCCAGCAACAAUACCCAACAUGGAGCCAUUCCCCCUGCCUUGCAAGCUUAGUACCCUAUGUUAGGAGGCCACUGCUUGACAAGGGCAAGCCCUCCUUCCCAGUCUUUAGCAACCUAGACCACCUCUGUGCACAGCUUACUCCUCACCAUCAGCAGGCAGCUGGGCCUGAUACAGAAGACAAGCUGAGACCUAGUAAGUCACAUUAAUUCCAGUGCUAAUCUAGUACAGUACAUAAAUCUAGCAGUCCUAAGGGCUUGAUUGACAUCCUGCAUUUGACUGAAAGUCUGAAACAAAAACCAAGGAUUGUCAGGCAUAGGAGGACUGUUUUCAACUUAAUAGGUCCCAAGUUGGGUUGGCCCAGUGACAGAUUCUGGAAGUAUCCCAUCUCUGCUUAGGGCUGGCUGAAGACAUUUUACCACCUGAGGCAACUGUUGGUUGCAAAAUGAGUGCUGCAUGUAAAUCAGGUUCCAUGGAAGGUCACAAAGAAUACUGGGUGCACUAAUGGGAGUGCUAUAUUAGCUGUACUGGUGUGCCUGCACAGCUCUUACCUUACCCAUUCCAGGAAGUGACAGUGAUGUCACUGCUAGAAGGUUAUUGCUGCAACUUCACCCCACCAGCUGAGGGCUUGAGGAAAGAACAGAGCAGGGUUGGUGAGGGGUGUGGCCUGGAAAAAAUUCUGAGGGUUGGAUGGAGAUGCCUGGAGGGCUUUAUUAGACCCAUGGGGUGGAGGUUUCCCACCCCGUCUUAUAGAAUCAGAAUUGUAGAGCUGGAAGGACCACAAAGGUUAUCUAGUUCAACCUCCUGCAAUGCAGGAAUCUUGUCCUAUGUGGGACCCGAACCCACAACCCUGAGAUUAAGAGACUCAUGUUCUACCAACUGAGCUAUAUAAACAACUCCUUGGGUGCCAUUUUACCUCCUUCCCAUUUUGAAACUUAGCCACUGAUCUUUCUGAGCUUUGCAGACCUUUCUUGUGACUUACCAGAUCAAGCACAGCUCCUCAUCUACAUCUGCCAACCUCAGAGGCACAAUGAAUUUCCUGGGUUUGAAAGAGGGAAACAAAAGGACUGUCAAGCAACUGUCAGGCAUAAUGCUUUGAGGGUCCUUAAUUGUGCUGGCCCAGCCUCACAGAUAAGAUAUUGUGAGUUCUGGGUUCUCUUUGAAGAUUUGUGCCAAAAAGAGUGGGAAAGACUACCCUGUUCCAAACUGAGAUGAGCCCAUCACAGCAUGGAAGGAAACUGAAGUUGAAAUCAAACUUCUAGCAUUUUUAUUGAACAGUCACCCUCUGUUCUAAAGCUACAUAUUUGGGUGUGACCUGUACAGCCUUCUCAUUCUGUAUCUCCAGUAGAAGAGAGUUGGGUGCUGAACGGCUUCAGUACUUCCUGUUUCUGACAGUUCUCAAAUUUUUCUCCUAAUAAAAUUAAACAUUUUCCUUGUUGCAUCUUAAGGCCAUUACAACUUGCUUAGUGCUUGUGCACUAAUGAGAAUAAUUGGCCCAUGUCUUUGGUGUAGCAGCACUUUGCAUAUUUGAAGACGAUAAUGCCUCCCUUCUGUCUUCUUUCCCCUUCGAAUGAUGAGGCUCCAGUCCCUUAAGCUUCCUUCAGAGCUGUUAUUUACUGACUCCAUCAUCAUUUCUGUUGCUCUCAUCUGAACUCGCUUCAGCUUUUCUCUCUCUCCUCUAAAAUGUGGUGCCCCACAUGGCAUCCAGCUCUCCAAAUGAGGCCUGCUGGUGCCAAGUCAAAUACAAAAAGCCAAAGUCCAUUCCAAGCUGUACAGGCUCAUUGCCAAAUACAGCAGAAUAAUUACCUCCCUUGUUUGUUUGUUUUUAACAUGUGAUAUUACUAUUAAGGCAAACCACUGUCAUAUUGUACUGUUGGCCCUUAUUCAUUUUAUCUAUUCUUUCUCUUUAUCAGUGGAUAUAAUCGUUCCAACUUACUUUAAGAAAAAAGCAACCAUCUAACCAUUGAUUCUAUCUGCUCUUGGAAUGUCCAGUGGGUUACUAGGUAUUAUGAGGUUGUGCAUAUGAGGUUAUUUGUCACCAGGAUGAUUGUGCGGUGGUGAUUUUAUUUUAUAUAUUUAUAGUUCACCUUGACAGAACCUUCACAAUGUGGCUUAAAACACAUACAGUCGCCCAGAGUGGCUGGGGAAACUCAGCCAGAUGGACGGGGUAUAAAUAAUAAUAAUAAUAAUAAUAAUAAUAAUAAUAAUAAUAAUACAGAACACCAAUUAAAAACAAUUAAGUUGAAAACAAUUCUUAAAAACCAAAUAGCAGGAUCUACAAUAUAUCAAACCUGUAUUAUCUUAAAAAAAGAAAAGAACAACAGCUAUCAUCACCAUUUGCUUUAUUCACAGAAGUGGCUCAGAGCAAUGCACAAUGCAAAAAUAAAGACUAAAAUCCCAAAUAAAAGCAUGAAUAAAAGAAGAACCGCCAAUCCUCAUCCAUAAAAUGUAUAUAAAAGGGCAGACCCAACUCAACUCUCCUCACUAAAAAGAAGAGCAGAAGGACAGAAACAUACCUAAAUGCCUUUAAAUUCCUCUUGAAAGAAACCAAUCCAGAUUAGCAGGUUUUUCCAGUCUAAUCUAUUUGCCCUCAUUUAUCCCAGAACUGCCUCAAGACACUAGCUCAGGAUUUCAGCUGCCUCCCUGAGAUUAGUAGAUGGAACAUAGAGUUGUGUGUCAUCCACAUACUGGUGACACCUCAGUCCAAACCUCUAGCUGACCUCACUUAGUGGUUCCAUGUAGAUGCUAAAGCAGUUCAAGAUGUUAAACAUCUUCCAACUGCUAUCUCAUUUAGCAUACAUAAUUGAGACCUUAGUUCCAGAUUGAUAUUCCCAGAGCCAAUCUCCUGUUAGCCAGUCUUUGACUUGGUUUUCAUCACUUGGGAACAUCUAAUCACUUUGUCUAAUCACUAAGAGUUUAAAUCUUAAACUGGAGGAGGGCUUGGAACCAGAGGGCUCUUGCUUUCUGUUUGUUUGCUUCUAUGCUGCUUGGAAGACACACACUGAGCUGCAGCUGUUAAGUGCAAUGAGGAAGGAAGUUAAACGAAUCUGCAGGACAGAGGGAAUAAUAGAGAAUUUGUGGAACUGAAUUGCAUGUUAUGUAAAAGCACUGUAAAUAAAGAACAUUUGUUAUAUUCAUAAAUUGAUGUCUUGCUUAUAUAGGUUCAUCCUCAGCACAGAAACUUUGCAUUGGUGGUAAAGCCCUUGUAAGCAAUCAACAUGCCUAGGAUUGAACUCUAAGGCAUUUUUAAAACUCCUAAACUAUUAUGGAAGAUUUUUCCUCCCCAGUGCGGACUUUGGCUCAAUUUCCAGAGUCUUGUGUGUGCUGCUACAUUGUUUCAUUGUCUUCCUUAUAUCUCUUACAACAAGCAGAGCAAAAGAUUUCUCUGAAGAUUGAUGCCUGCAAUUAACUGAAUUACUUCAACAGGGUGUAGCUACAACAGAUUGAAAAUGGGGCCAGCCACUGUGCCAGUGGCUGGCUGAUGAUCCUGCUGUGCCAAUAGUGGGAGAGAGAGAAAAUAUUUGCCAGCUCUCAGUGAAGGAGUUCCUGCUGUGACAGCAGAUCUCGCUUGUGUGCUUGAUUUAAUGUCCCCAAUUACCAUAUCUCUGUAAUUAUGAUCCGUGUCUGAUGAGGAUGGUGGAACCUUUAAGGCCUUGAGCAGAGGAUCUCAGAGUCUUAUAAGGAUAUAAUGUCUUCCAUUGAUCUUCCUGCUUUAAUGUUUCAUCAACUCUGCAACCAAUUGAUCAUUCCUUGAAUAAAAACUGUAGCAUUACUGUAUGCCAACACUUGUGAUUCAUUUUCACUUAGCUAAUCAAAAUGUUGUUCCACAAGACCCUGAUGAUGUUCAAGAUGCUUUGUAGGAGGUAUUGCCUGAAUCCAAACUGGCUGCCUCAGAUGGCAUAUUUCUUGAAGCCUUAUCAAAAUAUAAGACAUGAGUUAUUAAUCAUACUUUCUUCUCUGAAAAGGCUCUCAGGUGGUCCACUGAGCUGUCUCACUGCUGUUUUUGCCAGUUAAUAAGAAAUCUUAUUUAAUGCUUUUUGUAGGAAAAGAUAGCUAACACAUAAGGAUCUCUAUCACUUACAAAUAUACAGUGCUAGUAAUCUUUGUGAAAUCAAGAAAAGGUUCUGAGCAAAUCCCAUUGCAACCAUUUUACGUUGUUACCCUGAUUCAGCAAAAGUUACUCUUAAGCUGACAUGAGCUUUAACCAAGGUUCAUCCUUGGCUCUACAGCUCAUGGUUUGUCUGGAGGAGACAGACCAUGAGCUUGGGUUCAGACAACGUAUUUAAGCUGAACCUCACAGCAGCAGGACUGAAACCAAACCAGCAGCCACAAUCUUCUCUCCAGAAUCUGCCAUGCUUGUCCAUAUGCACGAAGUCAUGGUUUGCCUUACCAGUGCAUGCAGACCACCUCUGUGUGCAGAAGUUGAUGCAAAUACACAUCUGGGUCUACAUUUGAUAUUGUUGUAGACUAAUGAGGUUGGGACAGGAGAGGGUUGACGGAGUCAAAGGACUAUUUGAAGUUUUUGUCAAACCUGCUGACCAGGCUCUGAGAGCUUAAGGUUAGACAAUUGCUGUUUGAGACAGGACCAUCUUGGAUGGACCGUCUUGGAAAGUUCUGAAUAAGAAAAAGCUGAUCCGAGAAGAGAACAACCUUUCCCCCACCCCUAGCCAAGGUUGUUUUAAUAUAGGUAUGGCUCUUUUCACAUACACAUCACUAGAUUAAAACGCAUUUAGCUGGAGGAUUGUGGUUUGACUUGGAGACUGACAGAGACACAGUCAGUAGAACAUGAGGCUCUUCAUCUCAGGGUCAUGGGUUGAUACCUCAUGCUGGGGGAAAAAGAUACCUCCAUUGCCAGAGGUAGACUAGAUGACCCUUAUGUUCCAUGCCAACUCUACACUUCUAUGAUUCCAUGAUUCUACUACAGAUGAAUUUAGAAAAUAAUUGCCUAUCUUGUUCAGCCAUAUUAUUUGCUUAUUUAUUUAGCAAGUUGUUUAGAUCACUUAAUCAAAAAAUAAAUCUAGAAUUCGAUACUAUUACACUGACUGUAGCAAAAUUCCUCUCAAAGGCUGUGAAAAUCAGAAAUUCGAAUGUACAGGUGAAAGCUCCUCUGUUGGCUAGCAUGGCCGAUUUUACACCUUAAUAACUGUUGAUAUUUAUUAUUGUUGUAUGUAUAUUUUGGGUCUGUGGACCGCAACAAAGCUGUGUGUGGGUUUACAGAAAAUAAACAAAAUGUCCAUGAUACAAUAUUGUUUAAAACCCACAGACUUUGAAAAAUCACUUGAGGUUUCAGUAGAUGAGAUGACCAGCUGACUUAUGAUUACCGUAUUUUUCGCCCUAUAGGACGCACUUUUUCCCCUCCAAAAAUGAAGGGGAAAUGUGUGUGCGUCCUAUGGGGUGAAUGCAGGCUUUCGCUGAAGCCUGGAGAGCGAGAGGCGUCGGUGCGCACCGACACAUCUCGAUCUCCAGGCUCCAGGAAGCUAUCUGCAAGCGUUACGCACGCGGGGGGAGUUCCCCCGGGCGCGCACGGCUUGCGGGUGGCAGCCUGCAGCGCGGAGCACGGGGCGCCCUCCGGAAGACGCCCCGUGCUUCGCGCAGGUGUCCGCAAGCCUUGGGUGCCUGGGGGAACUCCCCCUGAGCGUGCACGGCUUGCGGGCGGCAGCCGGCAGCGCGGAGCAUGGGGUGCCCUCCGGAGGACGCCUCGUGCUUCGCGCAGGUGUCUGCAGCCUGCCGCCCGGCGCGUAGGGCGCCCUGAAGCAGAGCGCCCCUAACGCCGGGCAGACAUCGGCCAGCCCCACAAGCUCGGGGGACAACGGGGAGGCGCAGCGCCGCCAUCCCACUGUUCCCCGACCUGGUUUUGGGGGGGGAAAUAAAGGAAAAUUUUUUUUCCUUUAUUUCCCCCCCAAAAAAGUAGGUGCGUCCUAUGGGACGGAGCGUCCUAUGGAAUGAAAAAUACGGUACAUUCCUCUGUUGAAUUUCUUGAGAGGUAAACUGGCAAAAGUCUGAAUAUUGGUGGUUUGAUAAAACAAGGACCACAUUGUUAAAAAGAAUGCAGUCAACCCAGCCAUUGCUUUUGGGGGGAUAGUCCUCGGUUUAAAUAGUUAGGCACAGCAAAUAGUAUUUAAAACACAAAUACAUAGUGAUUAAUAAAAAUGAAGGGCUAUAGUGCUUUGCCCUGUCAAGAAGAAUGGAGAGCAAUGUCAGGCUGCGAGGUUUGAACUCUGAAAUUAUAUUGGUCCAAUUUGUCUGAAUGGGUCUUGCAGUGCAUUGAUUUAGCUGAACUUUCCCUUAACUCCAGAGUUCCCCAGAGCUUGCUGAUUUGUCUUGGAAUAACCCUCAAUAGUUUAUAUUUUUAAAACUCCAGUUACGUAUUUGUAGGAAUUCAUAAGGUCUGUGCCCUCAUCUGUCCUUUGCUGGCCACUUGGAAGUACUUCAAAAUUAUAUUGAGGCUUUUGGGAUUCCUAACUCCUUGUAAUCCGGAAUAUGUGAUUUAUUAAAAAAAAGAUGCCAACUGUCACAUUGAAUUAUAUUUGUUUUCAGACAUAUUAGAUCAGCAACUAAAAUACUUUUAAAACAAACAAAAGAAACCAAGCACUGACCUGAAUCAGUUUCACUGAUUUCUUUGAAAAGGAUUCUGUGUCAGGGUUUAUAUAAGACACUGCAGGUGUUUGUAAAAACAUGCUGAUUUUGAAGUCUUGCUCUCAUGCUUAUUUUUACAUAGCUAAGUCAACCCAUCUGGAUAUUCUUUUACAGAGGCUUUCUCUGUAGUAAACCAGUUUUGUAUUGCACAGUUUUAAUGGAUUUUCAAUUGUAUUUCUGUAUUUUAUUGUUUUGUAAAUCACUUUGGGACUUCUUUCGGGUACAUGAUGUGUUAUGUAAGUUUAAGAUACGAAAACUUAAUCAUAAACAUUUGGUGAUCUUCUAACACAUAUAAAAAUGUAACUCCCUAGUCAUUUUAAUAACAGAAAAAGAGCCCUGCAAGAUAAGAUCAAAGACUCAUCUAGUCCAGCAUCUUGUUCUCACACGGGCCAACCAGAUGCCCAUGAGAAACCUGUAAAUGGGACAUGAUCACAGAAGCACUUUUCUCACUUGUGAUUUGCAGCAAUACUUUCUCCAACAGUGGAAGUAGAACAUAUCCAUCAUGACCAAUAGACCCAUUCUUGAUCAAGUUGUCUGUCCCCCUUUAGAGCCAUCCAAGUUGGUAGCUGCCACUGCAUCUUGUCAUAGUGAAUUCCAUAAAGGUAAAGGGACCCCUGACCAUUAGGUCCCGUCAUGGCCGACUCUGGGGUUGCGGCGCUCAUCUCGCUUUACUGGCCGAGGGAGCCGGCGUACAGCUUCCGGGUCAUGUGGCCAGCAUGACUAAGCCGCUUCUGGCGAACCAGAGCAGCGCACGGAAACACCGUUUACCUUCCCGCCGGAGCGGUACCUAUUUAUCUACUUGCACUUUGACAUGCUUUCGAACUGCUAGGUUGGCAGGAGCUGGGACCGAGCAACGGGAGCUCACCCCGUCACGGGAAUUCAAACCGCCGACCUUCUGAUCGGCAAGUCCUAGGCUCUGUGGUUUAACCCACAGUGCCACCUGCGUCCAGUGAAUUCCAUAGUUUAGUUUAAAUAUGCACUGUACCAAACAGUUCAGGGAGGCUACAUUGAUAGAAAAGGCACUUCACUUCAGAAGUUUUUCCUCCACCUGGGAGGGGCCAGAGGAACCUUGUGACUUCUGGGGUGGGGAGGUAAAUGUACAUCCCACAGACCCGCUUUGUAUCCACAUUGACCCUUCAUUCAGAAAAUGAGCGAAGAGGUCUUGAGUUAUGUUAGAACAUUUUCAAGGGUAGGCUAGCGUGCCAAGUAUUGGAAAAGAUGACUUGGGUUGACUUCACUGAAUAUAAAAAUGGCUGUAUGAACUGGCUCUAAUACUAUCCCAGAUAAUAAAUUUUGUACCCACCAAAGGAAGAUUGGAAGUGGGUUGCCAGGUCACCAUUACUUUGGCCGUGGCAAGGGCACACCAGAUGCUGAAAGAAGUCAUGUGUUUCUUGAACAAUAUAAAAUAAAAUUCUGUGGUUCACUGUAGGGGAAAAAACAUUUCGAAACUGCUGAUCUAAAGACACAAAGAUUCAGCAGAAAAGCUAAUGAUGACACAGCAGUCAGACCAAAUGCUCUUUCAAAUUACCUGCCUUUACAGUUUCCCUUUUUUCCCCUUUUCCCUUUUCUUUUUUGGCGAGGAUAGGGUUCUGUACCUUCCCAGACCAAUACUCCUGACUUCAACCAAUUGCUUUUGCUUCAAUUAUUUCUAAACCACUGAUGGGCCUUUCAAUUAGUGCUGCUUGCAUAAUUCCACACAAGGGCUUCCAAAGCUGCCCAUUACAUGGCAAAUAUUCCUCCUGAUUAAGCAAAGGAAGCACUUGAUUGACUUUUGCUAUAAAUGCUGACAUUCUGAGGCCAAAGAUAAAACCCAUUUACAAUCUUGAAAGCAUUGGGGCUAUCUUUAGGAAAGAUUUCAACUUCAAGAGAGGUGUUGGCAUUGUCUUGGAUUAAUGUGCAUGUCUUAAAGUCUUUGUAUGCCAACAGACUACGGACCUCUGCUUUCCUGACAUGGUUAUAUGAUGUGCCAGAUAAUGAAAUCUUAUGUUAAAGUUACAGAAAAGUGCACCCAGUAGAUGCCAAAGACUGUGUGUGUUUCAGAAUGAUCUAUAACAUGAAACAUGGGGUAUUCUGGGAGAAAAGUGUUUUCAACUUCUUUGUGUACCAAGCGGCACAGAAUGGAAAAAAAAAAGGUUCUCUGCUGGGUUUAUUUUAGUAUAAGCACGUUAACUAGAAUUGAAGUUAAUUGACCUUUAUAUAAUGGUUACACAGGACAGUACUUACGCUGUGCACAUAGAGAGCAAGUUUAUUUGAAAAGCAAAUUGCAUUAAUUGACAUUCAUUGUGCAGCUUUCUGUUGUUUAUUGCUAGCUGCUCAUGUGAAUAGUUUGUUGACGGUAUAGAUAGGACAAACAUUUGUUUCUGAUAAAUAGGAUUUUCAGUUGAGUAGGUUUUAAUUGGAUGAGUAGUACCUAGGCUUUUGUUUGAAAUUAUAAGGUACUGUACAGUGUGGAGCUAAUCAAUUCAUGUAGAAUUUUAAAUGCUGAACAUAACUUUUGAGAACUGCUGGCUUUUAAUAUCAAAACUCUUUGUCACUUCCACAACAAUAAAGCACUUUUCUUCCCCUGUUCAUUUUAAUGCUUCGGGUGCUGGUGCUAUUUGCACAAGCUAAGUUCUCCUGGUUUAGACUAUAAUUAUUUCAAAGUUUUUAUUUAUUUUAUUUAUUGCAUUUAUAUCCCACCUUUUUUCUCGUAAGGAGCUCAAGGUGGCAAACAUGGCUCUCACCUUCCUUAUUUAAUCACCACCACAACCCUGUGAAGUAGGUUAGUGACCUUCAUGGCCGAGCGGAGAUUUGAAUCAUGUUCUCCCAGUCCUAGUCUGACAAUGGCUUUCUACCCACAUCCUUUAGGUCUGUUUUCCAAUACUGGCUCCACCAAAAUAUUGCAAGUAGCUGGAAUAGACAGUGUACAGCAGGGGAUGGUGAGUGACCAGGGCAUUGGGGUAUUGGGGAAAAGUGGAUUUUGCUAACCACUAGUUCCAAUGGUGGAGUGUGUUUCCAUGCUGCCUGGGGCAGCUGUGUGUGCCCACACAUGCGUGCGCACGCAUGCCAGGGGCAGGGUGGAGAACAAACGGAGCCCAUCGCUCAUACUCAGCCCUCGCUGCCACUAGAGCGACACCAGCCCCAAGUGGAAUGGCAGUUGUUCCCUUCUCGCGCCACCCUCCCCAGAUCUGAGCCUUGCGAGGCCACUUGGGGAGGGCGGUGAGGGGAUGUGACAACUGUGUACCCUUCGAUCACAGCAGGCGUAGGCAAAUUCGGCCCUCCAGAUGUUUUGGGACUACAACUCCCAUCACCCUUAGCUAACCGGACCAGUGGUCAAGGAUGGUGGGAGUUGUAGUCAUAAAACACCUGGAGGGUCGAGUUUGCCUAUGCCUGGAUCACAGCCUCUGUUCCUUGCCUGGUGUGCACCUGAAAAUAUUGUAACUUGUGCAGUCCCAUAUCUCACAUCCUGCUCUAAUACAGAAUUCACUUUUGGGGGUCUUAGCUUGGAAGUUAGCACCUUGUUAACCAGGUUCUACUUCUUUCAGGUAAUACUAACCAGGUAUUAAUUCUUUAUUACGGGUGGCAGUCAACUACAUUUUACUCAAAUUAGACCCAUUGAGCUCAAUGGACUUAAUGUGGACAUGUUCAUUAAAUUCAGUGGUUCUACUCCGAGUACAAAAUUAGUUGCAUAUCACCCUUGGUUAUUGCUUUAAUAUUUGGAAACUUGCAAUCAUGUACAUGGGGCAAUUCACACUAGUUCUUCCAAACGGAAUUUGUUGCAAAGACAACAGUUGUGUGAAAGGCAUCUGCAUACUUCUACCACAAAUUGGUUCCAGGCUUCCAAAUAUAAGAGAACCACAGAAAAGAACAUAUUCCAUGCCAACAUAGAAGCACCUGAUAAAGUCAGAACCUGCCAGCUUCUGGCAAGUUCAUUAGCGGAGUCCACUAGUGGGCCUCUGGAGUCCAGAAUGGAUUCCGGAAGUUGCAGUGGGGAGUUGAUCUUCUACAGACUGAUGAACAAUAUAGGUUCACUGAACCAUUUUUAGAUCAGAAUACCAUAUUUUUCACCCAUCUUUAGUAGGUUUUGCUUUGCACCUUACAAAUUAAAUAAAUUCCAAUUUGUAACUAAAACUAUGUAUUUUAAAAAUGGGGGUUAUAUUGUGACAUGUGAGCUUCUAUGUUGAUAUGUUGUUAUAAUAUGGAAUAUGUUGUUAUAUGUUGUCUAUGUUGUUAUAAUACAGAAUAAAAUGUUCUGAAAAAUAUUUAGUAUAAAUAAUAGGGGUAGAAAUGUAAACAUUAACAAUUAAAUGGACUCAGUGAUAUUGGUUUAUUUUUCAAGGAGAGUGCUUUUAAGAAGAGAAUGGAAAAAUCUUCAUUGCAAGAUACAUGCAGACAUGAUAGUUCUCUGAGGGAUAGACAAUGUUAUAUACUCAUUUUUCAACCUGUAAUUGACUGUUCACUAAUAAAUAGAAAUUUCUGAAUGUCUAUGUUUAUAUUAAGCACAUUGAAGAAGGGUUUGAAAUAGAGAAUUAAGAAAAAGAAAAUCACUUGCUUCUAAUAACUCUCCUUUCACUUGUUUACAAAGAAAACAACAAAAGGAAUAAGUAAACCCUUUAUAAAAAAGGAGCACAUGCAUAAAGUAUUUGGAAGACACUACCCAGUGCGAUUAUAGGCUAAUUUCUAUGUAUAUUAACAUUCCUUUACUUUAUGACAAUAUAAAUCGUUUUAAGUGAUGAUUAGAGUUAACUCUGCAUUGCAUUGUUGAAAUUAGGGCAAGAAAAAUUCAUAUUUAAAUAUUUGCCUGGCUACAUUUUAAUCACAGUGGCGUUUUGGUGGUGGUGGUGGAGGAAGUAUAAUUAGAUACAAAGGAUAAGAUAACUUGCAAAAUAGCAAUUACAUACACUAUUUACAAUAUUUAGAUUUUUUUUGGAAAUGAACAAUCUUGGAACUAUAAACCAUUAUCUAGUUACUCUCACAUGAUAGAAAAGCAGUUUACUGUACAAAUAAUGUAUAAAAAUGCAAGUGUUCAAACAUAUGCAAUUGCUCAAACAUAUAGAAGAUUCAACAGACAUAUUUGUUCUUGCAGUUUUUUAAAAGAUGGAAAUCAAAUGGCUUGUCCAGUCUUAACGUUCAUUGAUAAUGCAUGGUACUGUCAAUUAUUGCAUGCCCAGACUAACAGAUCAGUUCCAUGCAUUUGCUGAAGUGGCAAAUUCAUUGUGAGUCACUAUGCUGGAAAUGCGAGCCGUUUUCAGUUUGAUUCAGUGAUGGUGAUUGCCCGUACCAUGUCAGGCAGGUUCUCUGUAUCCAGGUCUUCUUUGCUGUUAUCUGAAUUUUCUGGUGAGAUGUAGCAACCAGAGUCUCUUGGACAGUCAUUUAACUGUGACUUGUUAAAGCUGAGGUCAGGGCUUAAGGUCUGUGGCACUUGCUCUGCUUCUUGGUCUUGUUCAUCUGUAAAAUUGAAACAAUAUGCUAUAAAAAUCCCUUUGAGUAAAAGAUUGAUAGUUAUGUGGCUGCUUUGGUUCGACCUGUAGGAAGGGCACCAGACAACUUACAAGCCAAUUUCUAUUUAUAUCACAGAAAGCCAGUGUAGGGUAGCAGUUAGAAUUGGGGAGGCCUGGAUGCAAAUCCCAAUUCAACCAUAGAGUUCACUGGGUGACCUUGGCUCCUGUCAUGAUCUUUCACCUAAAACACCUUGCAGGAUUGAUGCAAGGACAACAUGAGUUGAACUCUGCUCAUAACCCUGAACUCUGGGGAAGGAAGGCGGAAUUUAAAAUGUCGAAAAUAAAUCAUAACCAAAAAUGGCAUGUUUUCGUAGCAUCCUAACCCUGUAGGAAGAAUCAUAUGUGAAAACCAGUGUUGCACGUGCUUCCCCAAAAGGUGAAAAAAACCACUGCUCCAGGAACAGCAGGGGGCACAAUCUACCGUUGGGGAAAGAGAAACGGAGGGCUGAUUUCUUCCACCAAAUUUAUUUAUUCAUUUCUAUGUCAUAGACCUAUUCAAAAAUGGAGUGUAUGAAUCUCAAAACCAAAACAACAUGACAAAUAGAAUCAAAUCAAAAUACAAAAUGGAAGGAAACAGAAGUGCAGAAUGACUCGUCCUACAAGGAAGUUAUAAAAAGUAGAUAAUUUUCACAAUAAAUAAUCAAUUUAUAAGUUUUUGCCUAAAAAAACACCUCAUUACAGAUGGCAACCAGUUUGAUUUCAAACUUAAAUUUCAUUAUGGAAAGAGUUCUACACCACCAGUGCCACUACACUAAAUUCCCAAUUCCUUGUUGAGGGCAGUCGAACACUGCCAAGCCCUGUCAGACGUGCCUCAAUGUCAGAAUGCAAAGAGCAGGCAGAGGUAUAAGGAGUAAAGUGAUCUUUUAAGAACACUGGCCACAUUUCUUUUGGGGCUUUAUAUACUAAUAGUAUAAUAGCAAUGACUAACCUAGACAGCAUCUUAAAAGGCAGAAACACCACCUUGCCGACAAAGGUCUGUAUAGUUUAAGCUAUGGUUUUCCUAGUAAUGAUGUAUGGAAGUGAGAGCUGGAUCAUAAAGGCUGAUUGCUGAAUAAUUGAUGCUUUUGAAUUAUGGUGCUGGAGGAGACUCUUGAGAGCCCCAUGGACGAUCAAACCUAUCCAUUCUUAAGGAAAUCAGCCCUGAGUGCUCACUGGAAGGACAGAUCCUGAAGCUGAGGCUCCAAUACUUCGGCCACCUCAUGGGAAGAGAAGACUCCAUGGAAAAGACCCUGAUGUUUGGAAAGAUUGAGGGCACUAGGAGAAGGAGACGACAGAGGGCAAGAUGGUUGGAUAGUGUUCUCGAAGCUACCAACAUGAGUUUGACCAAAAUGCGGGAAGCAGUGGAAGACAGGAGUGCCUGGCGUGCUCUGGUCCAUGGGGUCAUGAAGAGUUGGACAUGACUAAACGACUAAACAACAACAACAAUACUAAUAGUAAGACCUUGAAGAUAAUUCAGUAGUAUACUGGCAGCCAGUGCAACUCCUUCAACACAGGUGUUUAUAUAGGUAUCCGUAGCCUAUGCCUGAGAACAACAGGGCUGCAGAAUUGUAAGCAGGUUGCAGCUUCUGAAUGAGCCUCAUGGGUAGCUCAACAGAUAAUGCAUUGCAAUAGUCCGUCCUUCAGUUUACCAAUGGUAGAACCACUAGAACCCAAACACCUUACUCCAAAAGAUCAGCUUUGGAUCAACCUAUGGAGCAGCUAAAUUCAUCCUUUGCCCUAUUUGGAAGGAGGAAAUGCCAGCACUGUAGCACCUAUGGGCCAGAAAAGCCCAUUAGGAAGAGGUGUAAGUGAGCUGCCUCUGCUCCAUGCAAGCUGUUCUAUCAAGGGGUUGUUGGCCAAAUGUGGAGGAGACUCCUCCCAGUCCCAGCAGGAGUGCAUCAGCUGUCCCUUCAGGCCACACCUGGGACCCUAACUAAACUGAGACCUUGCUAUACCAAAGGACUACAACUCCAAAGACCAGAAAAUUAAAGCAAAUGCCAAUCUUCAAUCUUCUAAUUUCAAAAGUAGCAAGCUUGCUUCGUGACUCAAUGCACAAGUUUUGAUUUGAAGCAUUGUACCACUUAAGGCAGAUGCUGGUUUUAAUCUGUUAAAUAUUAGUUAAAGGCCCAGGAUAGAAUUUUUUUUAAAGGGCUACUAUUAAAUGUUGCAGAAUCAGCAGAACAUGCUAUCUUAUCAGCUACUAGAAGUCAUGUAAUUUUCCUAAAGCAUAGCAGUUUCAUAAAAGAUAAAUGGCUUUCAGUCAGAGUUGUCUAAGAUAGGGUUAGCACAGUCUAUGAUAUGCAUCAUUUUGACAUGUAUAGUCUGAUACUACUUUAGUCUGUAGGAUUAGGCUAUGGAUAUUGAAGAAAUAUAAGGCUGAUGCAUACACACUGACAAGAGCUAUGCUAUAAAUAUUCAUUAUCUCCAUUUUUGCCCUUGUUUUGCCCUUGGAACCUGCCUUUGCAAAUGUACAGGUGUCUAGAUCACUGCAAUGGAAGUUGUGACAAUAUGGCUUGCUUCAUAAAGAAAAUUGCCGUUGAAAGGAUCUUUGUUUGGAGAAUAAUUGCUGUAUGCAUGAGUUUGACAUCCCCUGGUGAAGCUCUAGAUAUGUCCUUCAGUUGAACUGCAGGUCCAUUUAGAACUGAUCGUCAGAUCCAAAUAGAGAUAUGUGCUAGUUCUGCUGGGAUACAACGCACACUCUGUAGAUGAGUGAUUGCAUGCUUAGUUUUUUCCUCAAGUAUAAAGACUCCUAGACACAUAAUCUAGCACAUAAGGGAGAUGGAUUCUAGCAUAGUGAUAUGCUAGUUUUCUAUGUGCAGAAAAUCCAGGCAUGUAGUCCAUGGGCCACCUGCGCUCUUAGAAUCCCAAGAGUUGUGCCCUGCAAUUAUUUCACUGGUGAGUCACAACAAUCAUUUUGAUUCCUCACUGUGAAAACUGUGCAGGUGAUGGGUUUACAAUGUAAAGGGCUCUUAUUACCCAAAACACAAUUGUUUUAAAGACACUGGAUGAUGUUCUAGUCGCUGUAUUCUUGGGGUCAGUUCAGUUCUCGAGAAAGUGGUCUGAGGGCUGGAAGUUCAUUUCAUCAUACAAUUCAAUCCCCUUGAUUGGUAAUAAAACUCAUAACAAUAAAGUAGACAUCUUUUAGCUAUAAUAACAGCUGCAGAUUUGCUUGGGUGGUGUGAAGUCAUCAGUUGUGGGUGGGGAGCUCGAUUGAAUUUGCCAUGGCUUCACAUGGAAGGGAUUCACAAUGGAUUUUUAGCAGUACAAAUCCUGUUCACAAGAUCAGGGUCAGUCUUCUUUGGAAUUUAUUUUAGGAAAAAUAAAGUUAUUGUUGAUGUAAUUUAUUUCCUGUAGAGUCAAACUAAUGGAAGGCCAAUUGUCUGAAUUUUGGGAAACUGAAAAAACUCACAUGUCAUAUUUGGCCCAUAUGUGAGUCAGCCAUCUAAACCUUCAAAAGAGGAGCCCUAGUGCUAUGGAUCUUUGUUAAAGGAAGACAAGCUUUUUAUUUUAAGUGGAAUUUUCCCAUAUAGUCUCAACAAAAGAUCAUUUCUAUUUGUAGGUGAUGCUUAUAUUUUUGUCACUUUAGUGUAAUUUCUGUGGUCAGAAUCUAGAUUCUCUUGUACAAUUGGGUAAUUAUGCAUCUCACUUCUAAGCAGUACAGAUAAUCAAUUUUAAUUAGGAAAUCAUUUAUAGUAGACAGUCAUGCCUAUUUAAGAAAAAAAUAUUGACCUUGGAAAGUUGAUUUCAGAUGCAAUAUUUAGUUACAACAACGAUGUCCAGCUUUUUCAACCCAAUUUUCCACUCGGGUUGACUUAAACACAAUGGUAUUGCCAAGGUCAUGCAGAAUUAGUUACUCUGCUAAGAGUUAACCCCAGGAUCAUGUUGGCUGCCGUUCUUUCAUUAUAAUUACUUGACUGGAUGACCUAAUAUAUCCCAUUGCAUACUUUUGAAGGUUUUUCUUAUCUUCCGCAUUACCAAUCUACACUGGGGGAAAACGCUACUGUUCUAUAGGAAAGAUCAAUUUGCCAUUGAGACCCGCUUCAAGUUUCUUUAUUAAAGUGUUCCUUAUACAUGCAUUAAGCUAAGUGCAGAAUGUCUUGCUAAGAGCUUCUUUAUAACUAUGAGUCAGAUAGUGGGCCCUGCAGUCCUAUGGCUUCUGCAAGAGCAUCAAAGGGCCUUUUGGAAGCAUUAGAUCGCCCUCUCUAGGGGUAGAGGGAGUUACUUCAGAGAUUCCUCCGUCUGACAUCAUGAAGACAUACAUGGUCCUGGCCCUAUGGAGCUCCUACCUCUGUAUAACCAAAAAGGUGCUCAGGUGGUUUGGGGUCAGUUUGACUGCACACUAUCUAGCUUGAUCAAUUACUGACAGUUCAGCCCUAUUAGCUGGGAGUUUUUCUACUCCCUCCUUAUACAGCUAGAACUCAGGGUCAUCCCAUGAAGCUGAGUGUUGGCAGACUGGAAGUAUAUUUUAAAGGCACACCUAUGGUAGCGCAUUAGACCAGGGGUAGACAAGGGGAUACCUUUCAGAUGUUGCCAGAAAAAACUCCAAUUAGCCCUGACUAUUGGCCAUACUGGCUGGGGUUGAUAAGAGCUGAAAUUCAACCAUGUUGGCUACUACUGUAUUAGAUCCCACCAUCACCAUCACAGUCCCCCCCCCCCCCGGGUAGGGGACAUGGAGGUUUACACAUAAAAGUGGCGAUAUAUAAUACCAAAUGGAAACCUCAGACAUACUUUCAUAGUCCUGCAGAUUCUCAAUAGCCGAGAGUAAUCUUGUUCUGUCUUCUGGGUUUUCAAUAUUAAGUUCAAUUAAAUGGCUCUCUUUUAGAUCUUUCAAAUCUUCCAGAGUCUCAUAGCCAUUUAGUAAGAGGGUUGAUGAGUAGUCCUGUAAAAAACAACAUACUUCUGUUAUUUUCUCCAUUGAAAGUUUUUUCUCUUUUGAUUGCAUUGCUGAAGAGAAAAGCAAUUGUGUGUGUGUGUGUGUGUGUGUGUGUGUGUGUGUUUCAGGGGUGUGAACCCUGAUUUGGCCCUGAGUUGGCAUUUCAGAAAACAGGCUGCCUUGUUCUGGUAGGGCACUUGGUUUCCCACUGCUACAUUCAGUAAUGGGGCAUUUUAUUCCUUUUGACAAAAUUGAAUGACAUUUGCAGGCAUAGUAAUCCCUCCAGAAGCUAAACUUGUUCCCUGAUUAAACUUGUCAGUCACAAAGAACUCUCCCUCUUCCCACUCUGGUGUUUUCCGUAUAUGCUUCAGUGGCUCCCAGUUUGGUUCGGAGCACUCCAGAGAGAUCCUGCUUCAGCUUGGAUAAGUCCAGAAUCUUUCUGAAGCUCCCAAGCCUCAGUUCUACUCAGGAUUCAUCUGAAGAUUUUAUGCACCUUUCCUUACAACUGCUUCACUUUGGCAAGAUUAUUCCCAAGUUUUUUAGAAAUGCACUCAGAACUUUAUAUGUUUUUCUUUAUUUAUACACCUACAGUUUCAGUGAAAGGUUUCAACAAGCAAGCUGGGGCAAACCUAACCCUUUGAAGACCUUUUCUCCUACUUUACAAUUGAUUUACAUUCCUCUUUAAUGCAGUUUUCAAACAAAUCAUUGCUGAAUAUUAUAUAAAGAAAAAUUUAUAUCUAGUUUGCAGGAGGAAAUCAUUAUGUCACCAGUAUAAUUUAUAAGUAUGCCAUUUCAAGCAGGACUGCAGUUUUCAAGCAGGACUGCAGUAGCACAGGCAUGUCUUUUAUUUUGUGGCGCGCUAUGUAUUUAUAGGCAUACAUUUCUGAAGACUGUCCAUGUGAAAAAAAAGCAUUUGUGUAUCUUACUGUGCAAAGUUAAGAGGACUAAUUAACAACAGAAAAUGACAUUGUGAUUCUGAAGCAUUAAUAAAAAUGCUGAUUAUAUUGCAUUACAUCAAUGCUGUAAUAUUUUUCUAUGGUUUAAAAAGUGGUGUCCAAACUUUUUCCAAAGAGGGCCAGAUUUGAUAAAGUGAAGGGCCAUGGGGGCCAACCAAAGGGCCAACCAAGGUUGUUGACCUUUUUUUUAGGAUUGAAGUUGUUGAGGUUUUUUAAGGAUUUUAUCCCAGGAAAUAAACUGUCACAGGGGCCGGAUUAAACCAACCGGCGGGCCGGAUUAGACCCCAAAACGGACUUUGGACAUGCCUAGUUAAAUAGACCAAUACUAUGUGUGGAAGUUUCAUAUACCUUAGGAACUACAUUGAAAUCAGCGACAAACCAUUCUCUAGUGAUAAAGAAAGUGGAGUGAAGGAUUUUUAUUAAUGAAAUAUUAAGUAUACAAUUGACAGGUUCUUCGAAAGAAUUGCCGCUUCAAGAUAGGUUUAUAUCCUUGCCUAUGGCUCAGAUUUGGUUCCUGAUGUCUACUUGUUGUCUCAGAUCUGAUGAAUAAUAAUCUUAAUUAUAUAAAUAUCAAUUUGAUUUUUUUUUUAUACAGAAGCUUUCUUAAGCACUGGAAGCUUGUAUCACGUAUUAUUUUAGCAACCCUUACAACCCUUUGUUCAGGUUAUUGUUAUUUUCUCUGUAUUACAGUCAAAGAAAUAAUACAUCCCUCCAUAUAGGACUGUUGUAAAAUGAGGGAGGAUACUCUAUGGUCCUCCAGUUGUUGUUCAAAUCCCAUCAACCUCAGUCAGCAUAGCCAAUGGUUGGAGGUGGUGGGAAUUUAGUCCAGUAACAACCGGAGAACCGUAGAUUACCCCAACAAUUUUAUAACCUGAUCAUUCAUUUUAGACAAUAUAUACCCUACCUUUUCCUCUGAGGACAACCAAAGCAGCUAUUUUAAUAGAUGUACGUGAAACGCUUUGAAUGCUGAGAAAAUACAAGUGGUAAGAUUAUAUAUUAUUGAUUUUAUGCAUGUCAUCAGAUCUGGGUCACCUGGGAGCUUGGAUCUAAUUUCACAGAGUAACUCCCAAACUACAUUGUCAGAGACAUAUUACUGUAUAUUGAUGUUACCAAACAUCAAUAUAAAUCUGAGAAACUUUCCUAUUCUGCAAAUGUGCCACCUAUGACCAGUGGCGUAGCGUGGGGGGUGCAGGGGAGGCCGGCCGCACCGGGCGCAACAUCUGGGGGCGCGCGCUUGCACUCGCAGCUCUCUGCCCCUACUAAAAUCCACGGGUUAGGGGGUGCAAAUUACUUGCCUUGUCCUGGGUGCUGACAACCCACGCUACGCCACUGCCUGUGACUCUAGUCUGCACAAGGAGUCAGUUGUACAUGCAUAACCCUAGUCAGAUAAUCAGUGACAGCAUCAAGCAACCCUUUGGGAGGGGGAGCAGAGGAUUUAUUUAGUCUCCCCUUCAAUACCUGAUUGGCACUUAUCUGAUUAUUGGCUAAUUAUAUCUGGCCACACACAUGUAACCAACCUGGGUGAUAAUUUGAUAGCUGCCUAAUAAAUGGAGCAAUUUGACUCUAGAGGUCAAAGGAAUUAUCCAUUUUAGCCAAAGUACACAACAAAUCUUGCUUGUGGCCCCCAGGGUAUGGCCUGAAGCUGCAAGUUUUGAGCUUGAGAAUGAUCAUGAAAUGCAAAAAGAAGCUUUACCAAAUAAAAUUUUUGAGUUUUACCAACCUGGAGAUGGAGUCGGUCCAAGAGUUCUUGAAGCGAAUUAGGCUUGGCCCUUUUACUCCUCUUAUGUGGCUUUAUUUUUCUAGGUACAGAUUCCUCUUCUGUAAUAAGAUCUACGUAAAUGAAUUUGAAAUUCCCCACCUUGUUGUUUAGCAGUCCCGUCCACAUACCCAUUGGGGUUUUACAGAUGAUAUCAAUGAUAUCCCCUUUCUGGAAGAAAAACAAAAAAACAAAAUGUAACUCUGAAACUAGUACUGUACAUAUUAUUUGUGAUACACAAGACUAGUCUGCCUCAGUUGAUCAAAAGCAGACCAAUGGGAAAUCAGAGUUGGCUCAAAUAGUGAUGCACAUUAUCUAAAAAGAAAGGAGAGCUUAUUUAUCCACACUGUCAUUUAAUGUGGAGAGUAAGCGUCCUGUUGUCCAUAUGAUGUUCUUCUCUAAAUCACUACCUUUCCCUCCCUCCCUCCAGAUUUUCUCAUACCCUCUGCAUUUCAGAGUAUCCCUAGUGUGAGAAAAUCCAGACUGAGAGAGGGAAAAGUGGGGGAAGGCUGUGACAGAGGAAAAUAUCAUAUGGACAACAGAGAAUUAAUGAAGGUACAGGAAGCUUAAUAUCCACAUUAAACAACAGUAUGGAUGAGGAGUUAUAAACAAGAACACCUAACUGAAAUAGAAAAUAGGAUAGACAAAAAUGGCCCAAUCCAUAGAUUUAAUUCCAUAUUGACAAGUGGAAACUGCAGUAACACAGCUGUUUCCCACACCAUUUCAGGAAGAUCAGAAGAGAAGUAACAGACCAAUUGCUAUAAUUAUUAGGUUGAUAAUAUAAUUAUUAGUACUGCCAACCUAGCAGUUUGAAAGCACACCAGUGCAAGUAGAUAAAUAGGUACCACUGUGGUGGGGAGGUAAACUCUGUUUCUGUUGCGCUCUGACACUUGUCAUGGUGUCCUGUCAUAACAUGUCUAUUGAAGUUAAUGGUUCAUUAAUUAAUUAACAGAUUCAUUAAUUUCAGUGAGGAAGACUUAGCUAAAUACAAUUCAUUAUUUCCAAUGACAGUAUCAUUGACCCUGCACUCCCCCUCACAUACUUACUUAAAAUGUAACUCUAGCAUUUGGUCUGUGCACUACUAAUGUGUCAUUUACACUUUUGCACUUCCCUCGUAUAUGAAGCAUUAUUAUAAAAAUUAAAGCAGGAUUUUUUUAAAAAAAUGAAAACUAUGUGUUUUGUUCAAACUCAAAACAUGUUAAUCCAAACAUGUAUGUCAGGUAAAUAGAAAAAAUGAAAGAGCAGCAUCAAAAUAUCCAGAAACACAGGAGGUAAUCUUUCCAGACAGGUGCCAAGAAAAAGGACAAGCAGUUGUGCAACACAUUUCACCAGCUUCUAUAUCACAAUUUUAAGUUCUUUCCUGCUGCAGCUACCUGUGCCCCCCCCAAUCUGCUCUUCAGGGUUGGGGGACCCUCAGAAACAGAAUGGAUGUGGGGCUGCUGCAGAUGUAAAAGGGAUGUCCACCUCCAUGUGCAAGUGGAAAUGAUUUUCUGCUCUGGCAAGGCAGAAUUUAAGCCAAAGCACUUUAGUUAACACAAUAUGCAGCUUACCAAAUAUGACCUGAUCCAAACAUGUCUGUUAGGCAAGUACUGUGUUCUGUUUCUGAAACAUCUGCAUUAUGUUAUUGUAGUUUUGGAGCAGCCAUUGGUUUUUGCUUUCAGCCACUUUAAAGAGAGCAUAUCACCGUUAUGCUCUAGUAAAUACUGACAACCUGGGCAGUCCCUCCUUUCUCCUGGGACUCAAAUUAUUACUUCAGAGUUCCCCUAGUAGCAAAUCAGCACUUAAUCAUACCCCACAUUGCUGGGAACAUGGUCAUGAGACAUCAUCUUGUCUCUGUUAAUAUGGAAAAGUGAAACAGCUCCCUCCCCACACGUCACACUCCACAGCCAUAACUCAACUAGAACUACAGCAGAGUGUUAGGCAGCACAAUGUGAAGUAAGGCUAGAAAAGACACCUGAAGAUUAUUAUUAGUUACGUCUUUUUCUUUGUGACACAAAAGCUUAAGGUACAAGUUUGAUAAGAAUGUAUCAAGAGACCCCCCAGAGCAGACCAAAGAUUCGUCUUCUCCAGGAUCCAGCAAAUGUCUCCCUUUGCACUUUCUCCACACCAUGUAUAUACUUCUCUCUCUAUAUAUAUUCUCCCCCCUUUCUAAAACAAAAGUCCCAAAUGUUGUAACCUUUCCUCAAAGGAGAGUUGCUCCAGCCCCUCAGUUAUUUCAGUUACAAUAUGCUUUUGGAGGGCGAGGGGACCAGAACUGUAGUCAGAAUUCCAAGUGUGAUCUCACCAUAGAUUUGUAUGUUGUAUGUUAUGAUGUCAGCAGGCUUAUUUUCAAUCCCUUUGCUAAUGAUCUCUAACAUGGAGGCCACCUUUUUCACAAUUGCUUCACACUGAAUUGACAUUUACGUUGAGCUACCCGCCACAAUUCCAAGAUUGUAACCUUGCUCAGUCUCUGCCAGUUCAGACCCUGUUAGCAUAUAUGUGAAAUUAGGUUGGUUUGUUUUUCUCAAAUGUGCAUCACUUUACACUUUCUUAUAUUAAAUCACAUUUGCUAUUUAAAUGCCUAUUCACCCAGUUUUGAGACACUCUUUUUGUGAUCCCCCAAUUUCCAUUCUUCAUCUUGUUUCUUACCAUCCUGAUCAAUUUGAUAUUAUCAGCAAAGUUGGUCACUUCACUGCACACUCUUAAUUCCAGAUAUUUUAUGACCAAAUUAAAACCACAAACUCCAGUCUAGUUACCUGGGCGACUCUAUUUCUAACAUCCCUCUAUUGUGAGAACUGUCCACUUAUUCCUAUUAUCCACUUUCCACUCUUUAAGCAGUUUAAGAGAAUGUGUCCCUUUAUCUCAUGACUGCAAAGGUUACUCAGGAAUUUUUAGUGGGGGAUUAUGUCAAAAGUUUUUUGAAAGCACACCCAAUCUACAUGCUCAUUGAGACACUCAGUGGAAAGAUUAGUUAGACACAAGCUAGCUUUGUGGAAACCAAGCUAGUUCUUCAUUGGCAAGACUUGUUCUUCUAUAAAAAAAGUGAUUUCUAUAUAAUGCUGCCUGAACUGGGAGAGCCUCACAGGUGGAAAGUGACUUCAGGAAUAAAGCAAAUGUAACAAAUAGUUAACUCACCUUGAUUUUGAGAGAGUCUGUGUCAUAAGGACUAGGUGUGAAGUCUGUGUGUACUUUAGCUCUGCCACAGAAAGGUCCAGUGUAAGGAACUUCAUCAUCAAGCUUUAGGCUGUCCCUGUUGCUUGUCCCAUCUGAGCAACUAGUAACCCCACCUGCAAGCAAUAAGAAUGGUCAACCUUUCACAGCAUUUAAGAUGGAUACAACAUGAAGCCAAAAGAGUUUGAAGAUGAAAUCAUUUGAAAGUUAUAAAACAGAAAAAUCACAAGAGGUGUGCAUGACCCACAAGAUUUGGUUUGGACUCCCAAUUCAACACUUUGGAAAACAGCCCACCUCAAUCUGAGACACUUGGUAGGCUGUUUGAAUAGGAUUGGGCUUCACCUGAGACCACUUCAUCCCACCUCAAUUCACUAUUUGAGGGAGUAUUCUUUUCUUUUCUUUUUUUUAAAAAAGACUAUAACUCCCCCCCCCCUUUUUACAGAAGUGGAUGAAAUUUGAAGGCAUACUUACUGCUAAGAAGGAGUUUGUUGUUGUUAUUAUUAUUUUGUUUAUACCCUACCCUUUCCCCUGACAGGACUCAAGGUGACUUACAGAUAAAACAAGAACCACUAAAAUAUAGAAAAAAGAUAAUUAAAAUACAAUUUAACUUUGAUAGAAUCAAAGCUUGCUAAAUUACAGUGAAAUAGGGCACUGACUGUUGUGCUGGGCACCUUUAAAGUUUGUCCAACUGAAAAGGAUAUGUGUUUAUCUUUACCCUUUUAGAGGGUAUAAAUUAUGCCAAAUUUCAGAAGGAUAGCUGCCGUGGCUUACCCACAAGGAUAGCUGUUGCAGUUUGCAGGUGGACAAAAAAAGAACACAUAAGAGAGAUGUUCAUGAGUAAGAAACCUGCUACACUGCAGACAAAUAAGUUUGACUUUGUGGGUGGGAAGAACUAAAAUAGAUUCACAUUCAAAGUAAAAAUAAUUCCUUCUGAUUACUAGCUUGAGCAGUCCACCAUAACAAGGCUCUCCAUCCAUCCUCUCCCCACCCUGGUACUUCCUCCCUCUUCCCUCAUCACCCAAUUUUGGUUAUAUUCCUCAUAUGGCAAGCUGAGAGACACUGUUUCUGCUUGUAGUAGAUGCAUGUCUCUAGGAUUUUUUAAAAAUGUAUGGAUUACCAUGGUACUAUGGUACCAUGGUGAUUUAGAGGUUCCCACUUCACCUGUGCCAUCUCACAGAGAUCCUGCUUGACUUCUGAGAAGACCCAAUUCCUCCAAGGCACUCUGCUUAUGCUUGGCUUCAUUUAAAUCCACUCUUCAUUCCUAUUAAUCUCUACUGUCAACUUUCUAUGGAGUAGAUGCAUUCCAGCCAAAAAUAAGCUAUGUACAGUUCUACUGAAUUCAGUCCACAGGAUUUAGCAGUGGAUUUAAUAGAAUAAUAGAACUGUAGAGUUGGAAGGGACGCUGGAGGUCAUCUACUCCAAUCCCCUGCAAUGCAGGAAUCUUUUGCCUAGUGUGGGGCUCAAAUCCCACAACCCUGAGGUUAAGAGACUCUUGCUCUAUUCUGUGUCUGUGGAUGUGCAAAUGUGGAUCAUGCCCCAUGCAAUUAAUUAACAUAUGCUGCAGGGUAAUACUUAAUUGUGACAAAGUGCUAAGAGAUAGACUAUUUGGUUCUCAAAAUUCUGAAACAAUGGAAAUGCAAUUAAAAUGGUCAAAAUCUCCAUCAAUAGAGUGAAGUCUAGAGCCUAGAUUUUACUCAGGGCUCACUGAAAUAAAAUGGCCCAAAACUAAUACUGUGUGUUUUUCAUAUACGAUGUAGAAUAAUCAUCUGCUGACUGUUACCUCUUUAUUCAGACAAACAGGGAUAACAUUUUACAGGUGAUGUCUUAGAAUACGCAAAGUACAGAACUUCAAAAGAAUUGCACACUGGAGAGAAAAAAGUUUUACUCUCAAGAUUUCUGUCAUUUUGUCAUCUGAAGAAACCUGCAUCAGCACAUUUGAGAAAGCACAGAAAUAUUCCAUUCAAAUAUGCUUUAGAUAACAGCAGCAUCUUGAAUUCUCCCACGACAAAACAGAUAAUGGAACACAAAAAUUGGUUCACUUGAUGUGCUUGCUUAGCUAUACAUGGGGGAGGAAUAAAUACGGUUGCUAGGUCAUGAUAAUUUAAAAGCAGCACCGCACCCUCAAAAUGUUAUGCAGUCAUUGGGUGGUAUUCACCUACAUUUUACUCAGAGUAGAUGCAUUUAAAUUAAUGAACAUGACUAAUUUAUGUCCAUUACUGUCAAUAGAACUGCUCUGAGUAAAACUUAAUUGAACGCCAUCUUUAGUCUUCGCUCACCCUAUGCUCCUCCUGCUGAAGCAAGCAGGACUUCUGAUUCUUUCUGACAGCUGGCAGGAGUUGAGGGUGGCCACUGGAAACAGGGGAGAAAUAGAACUGUAGCUCUGUGGUGGAGCAUCUGCUUUGCACCAGAAGGUUCCAGGUUCAAUCCCUGGCAUCUCCAGUUUGGGCUAGGAGAGAACUCUGCCUGAAAUUCUAGCGAGUCUGACAGUAUUGUCUGACAGUCCGACAAUACUGAACUAGAUGGGGCAGUGGUCUGACUCAGUAUAAAGUGGUUUCCUAUGUUCCGGUAGAUAUGCCUUCAUUCUUCUUUGCAACAUGAGUGUACAGUGGUAGCUCGGGUUACAAACACUUCAGGUUACAGACUCCACUAACUCAGAAAUAGUACCUCGGGUUAAGAACUUUGCCCCAGGAUGAGAACAGAAAUUGCACGGCGGCAGCGUUGCGGCAGCGGGAGCCCCCAUUAGCUAAAGUGGUACCUCAGGUUAAGAACAGUUUCAGGUUAAGAACGGACCUCCAGAAUGAAUUAAGUUCUUAACCCGAGGUACCACUGUAAAAGAAACCCAAGAGGCAACUUAUAUUCCAUUUUCGGUCUCUCUCACAUGCAAAAAUUGUUAGAGAGUUUGUUCUUGCAUAGAUGGCUUGGAAUGCAACAUACCAUUUUCCGUAUCACGUUGACAUAGGAAAACUAGAGUUGAGGCCUAAACAUAGUGACCACAUUCCUAGAGGGACAUAGCUUCUGUACUUUGAAGAUCUCUGAGGGAAACAAAAGUUCCACCAGUACAGUUUUUCCCAUCCGACUAUACCACAUCUUAGCAUUUGAUAUCUGGUAAAAUGCUACUUACCAUGUGGUAUGCCCCUACAGGAGAGAUGAAGAAACUAAAAUGAUUGGGCCAUCUUCACUUAGAAGAGAACUUUGUCCAUACGAGCCCCACAAUACAUAUAUAGGCAUCUAAAUGUCCAUCUUUGUAAUGGGCUUUGCUGCAGUGGCAUCUUCAUUUUAAACUUCCUCCCUCAAAAGGCCCACCAUGCAAGCUCAGUUUUUAUCUAUAGACCAGGUUUCCCCAAAGGUGGGUCUCCAGCUGUUUUUGGACUACAACUCCCAUCAUCCCUAGCUAGCAGGACCAGUGGUCAGGGAUGAUGGGAAUUGUAGUCCAAAACAGCUGGAGACCCAACUUGGGGAAGCCCUUCUCUAGACCAUCUUAUUCCAGUGGACUUUGUUCAUAUGAGCUGGUAUUAACAUAAGUAUCUAAAAUCUGAUGGGCAACUUUUUAGUUUUGCGGCUGCAGGUUGUGUAUGGGAUGUGUUAUUUACAUGUGUAAUUUGAGUAGCUAUCCAUUUUAUAUUGGCUUUGCAGUUCUUUUACACAAUGUUGUUAGCUGCUCCAUAGGCUUGUGUUUGGUGGGCAUACAAAUCUUUAAAUAAUAAAAAAACCUGAGACAGCCUGACUAUCCUGCGUAGGAGAGAUCAGGUUUGGGUAAGAUAUGUUAUCUGUAUAAACUCACCAUUGCAGUUAAGAGUUAGAAGUAGCACCUGCAGAAUAUUACCCUGCAUUUAAGCACUUAAAUGAACAAAAGCCAUGUCGCUUUGGAAAUAUGGUUAACCUAGACCUAGGAAAUGAAAAUUGAAUUGAUAUGUCAGUGAACAAUUCUGUUUUACAGUGGAGUGGUGUUUUAGCUCAAAAGACUAAAAUAGGAUCAUUUAGUGUCAUUAAUCAAUUCUAUUAGACAGAAUGACAAUAUAAAACCUUACAUAGGUUCUCUGUGAAAGCAUAUGAUAACAAAAUCCCUAUCAGUGCUUGCCAUUCAAACACCGUUGCUCACCAGAUACAAGCCUCAUCCAUAAUUUUUAUGUGUACUGUUGAUCAGAUGCAACACAUCCUAGGACACACUUUUUACUGACAUACAUAAGAUUCAGGGUGUGAUCUUAAACUCACUUUCUAAGGACUAAUCCCCACUGAAUGGGAAUUACAUUUGAGUAAACUUCUAUAAGCUUGUGCCGUUAACUUUUCCUACUUUUUGUUAAAAAAGGAAAAUUUGGCCUCUUUUUAGUUUCAUGUUCUAUGCAGCAUGUUAGCUAUCCCUUGCAAUAGCAAGAACAGAGGACUUUAUGAAUGUGGUCUAUUUUUAAAAAAUACAUAAAUAAACAAAGGUAAUACAAAUAUUUCUUCUGGAAAAUUAGACUCUCUCUAAAUUAAUUUUCACCAAAGACAAAGUCAGCAAUGAUAAAUAAUGUAUUUCGUUCACAAUAUUUCACUUAAAUGCAUUGGUAUUAAAUAACAUGGAUACUGAUGUAGCUUAAUGACUACUUAUCUAACUAAAUUCUAAUCAAAGUAGGCCCACCAAAAUUAAUGAGCCUAAGUUAGUUGUGUACAUUAAUUUGAACAGUAUAACUAACACUGGGUACAUCCCCCAAAGAGUUGGUUGUGAGUCAUUAAAUCCCCAGCAAAAAUCUUCCUAGGAUUUGAACUCAUUGAGUCAUUUUGGCCAAACCAAUACUAGUGAACUGUAAUAUGGGAAUAAGAAAAGUGACCUAUUUUAUAGGACUGUUGUAAAAACUGAAAUAACAUAUGUGAAGAUAUUUGCAUACUCUGCAGCAAUAUACAAACACUAAAAUCUGGUAUUACAAUGUAAAUACCCUAGUAUGUUAAAUUAUAAAAUGUAAAUAGUUUGGGAAAAGACAGUGGGUGGUAUCUGAUGGUACCUUUGCCUUAUCAAGAAGUAUGGGUCAGGAUCAAAACCAAGCGCCUCUGAUGCUAUGAGCAGAAGUGGUUGCACUAAAGCCAAGCCAUCACUAGAUGCAACUCAACCACAUUGAAUUCUAUUUGCUAAUGGAAGCAGGGGUGAUUUUCACCAGCUCUUGCUCUUAUCUGUACCCACCUGCACCAAAUCCUAUACCAUUCCCAGGGCAACCCAACGCAAGGAGAAAAUUUUGAUUGGCUGCCAAUAGAAAGGGAAGGCAGGAAAGCCCUAUUCAAUGCACGUGAAAGCAAGUUAAGAAUUGCCGUUGGCUUCAAUUCAGACUUAGGUGAACUUAAGCCUACUGAUGCUCUUAUGUUCUUAAGAUUGUUUCUAGCCAUUCAAAUAUAUAUAUUCUGCAGCAUAUCAUUAACUGGCACUUACUUGAUGAGCUCUGGCCACUAUUAAGACUAUAGAGGCUGUCCAUGGAGUCGCUGGCCUUUAGGGAGGCCUUCUCAGUGCCUGACCCUCCAUCAGGGUCACUGUUUCGAUUAGAACAGGAAUCAUCUCUUCCUUCAUCAUUCUUUAGAGCAGAAGAGAGAGAGAAGAUGGUAAGUAUAAAGAAACAUUACCCACAUAUGCAUUUGUCAAAUAAAAUAUGUCCCCUUAAGGAAGCAGUAUAUCAAAGCCAAAAGAUAUCACACUGUUUAGUUCAUCAUCUGCUGUACUUAAGCAGAACCAGUUCCACCAAGUCGUCACAAAUUCCAAAUUCUUCUGGGAAAUGUGGAUGUGCUAAAAUUAAAUUUAAUAAGAGACUUGGCAUUGUACCUGCAGCAAAACAGAAUGGGGACCAAACAGAACUUGGAAGAAGGUGUUAUUUUGUUUAUUUAAUUCUAUAAAAAUAUAUGCAUAUACCCCCUCUCACAAAGCAUCAGGGUGGUGCAUGACAGUAUAUAAAAAAAAUUAAAGCGAUACAAAGAGGUGAUUAAAAUAUCUGGCUAAUCAAGGGGCAUUUUAAACAUCUGCAUAGGCAUGUUGGCAUAAAAAAGUCACCAAGAGAUAGCCGAAAGUCAAAAGGGAGAAUAUUUGCUGAAUCUCUGCUAGAGGAGCAUUCUACAUACAACAUGGGACCAGCAACACUAAAUAGCCAACUUCUAGUUGAGGUCAGCUGGGCCUCUGUAACAUGGGGACAACUAACAGUGCUCAAGCAGAUGAUCUCAGUGAUCAAGCUGUGAUAAUGGGAUAUAAGUAUCCUGCACCCAUGUUGUUCAGGCUUUUGUAUAUCAAUGCAUGAACCUUGAACCUGUCCCCGAAGGAUAUAGGCAGCGAGAACAGAUGUUUUAGCUGAGAUGUCACAUGCUAUGGUUUUAGUAAAGCCAUGCGUAGGUGGUGGUGGUGGGAGUAAGAGAAAGAGCUUGCUAAACAUAUAUAGUAACUCAAAAGAAAGCAAGGCUGUCUGAAAUGAAGGCAAUUUUGGCAGAAGACAUACAAUUCCUGUCACCUGGAAAAAGUGAUCACUCCUCUCUGCCAUUCUCUGGGCAACUGCUGUCAGAUUGAAAAUCACUUUGUUUUUCAGAAUUCAAGGGACAAACAUGUAUGUCAAGGCUAUAAUUACUAGCUUUCACAUAACAGAGCAACAUCAUUUUUUAAAAAAAUCCUAGUGGUUUUGAGCCCUGCAAGUACGUCAUUGUAGGUAGCAACCAAACAAAUAGGCAAAGGGGGGGGGGGGAAUCAUUUAUUCUAACAGAAACUUGGGUUCAUCUAAAAUUUGCUAUAGCUGGUACCAGUCUUAAAUCUCUCUGAAAUGGGGAGAAGCCAUUUUUUCUUUAUCCCAGAAUCCUGGUGCGGAAGCUCUUAUCUGCAGCACCUGGGUGGAACUAAUUCUGCUUACAAUCUCCAUUUUGGAACUGAAUCCACAAACUGACCUCACGGCUAUAACAUCUAGCUGAAUUUUUGUACUUUAAAUUCUUCCUUGUCCCCUUCACUCCUUCCUCUUUGUAACAUCUUGCCCAAGGAAGAGUUUAGAAGAUCUUGAAAACUUACCACACUUUUGUGACAUUUUUAGUUGGCCCCGAGAAAACGUAUUUCCAAAUUGUGGAUUUUGAAGGUUUUUUCUUCUUCUUAUGUCCUAACAGGAUUGGUUACCUUUGCUUAUGAUUUGUUUUGGGGUGUUUUUUUAAUCCAGAGUGCUUAAAGUAAUGACUGCUUUAUUUUUAAAAUGGGAACAUAUUAUAACAGUGAGGCCACUUGCUAUGUGUCACUGUCUAAGUUAAAUAAUUAAGCAACGAUAACUUCACAAGAAAAGGGGAACCCGGGAAGCAACUUCUCCCUAUUGUUGCAACAUAUGAAGUCAGCAUGACAGAGAGGUAGCAUGUACCUUGGGAGAUUACAGUACAUUCACGUUAUUAGGUUUGGUGAGUAAGACAAAAGCGAUGACACUAUUAAUCCACUACAUGAUCCACAAAGCUAAGCAGGGUCCAGCAUAGUUUCAGAUUGGAUGGGUGACCCUGUGUAGAGAUUCCUGCAUUGCAGGGGGUUGGACUAGAUGACUCUUGAGGUGCCUUCCACUUCUAUAGUUCUGCAGUUCUAAGUUCAUGUUUGGGUGGCAGGAUGCAUUACCUUGAUGACAAAGUGCAAUUUCUUUUGGCUUAGUAAGGGAUUAAAUGAUCAGAUGCCCCAGAUAAGACUCAAAAGCUGCCUGAUUUAAGCAGCUACACACAGGAUGAGAUUUGAAGCACAUUUCCCCAUGAUGCCCAUUAUGGGAAUUUUUAUGUUCCAAAAUGUAUUAAUAUUGGAUUAGGACCAACUCAUACAAGCUUUUCUGUAACUCGUUAAGAACAUAAGAAGAGCCUACUGGAUCAGGCCAAUGGCCCAUCUACCCCAGUAUUCUGUCCACUAUUCUCACAGUGGCAAAAUAUCAUCCAUUGCUCCCACAAGAGGGUUUCUGUUGUUGGCUGGUAGCCUUUUCCCCUACCUGUAGUGCCCCACUAGUUACUAGUCUAUUCAUGGUGCUUGUUGAUUCAUUGGCAAAUGUGCACACUGCCACUAUCAAAAAGAACUGUGUGCCUUCUGGUAAUAUUCUUUUACAUCUAGUCAAUUAUUGAGUCCAGUUCUUUUACCACGUUUGCACUCUUAAAUUCCACCCGUUAACUAUAUACAAAAUGCAAAAAAAAAGUAGGAAUUUUAAAGCUAUACCAUAAGAAUCCAUUGUAUCCAAUAUAGGUCAAACCCUGGUCUCUUUUUACGAAACUGCAGAUGAUUGUCUCAACAACUUAGACUGAGUCUACCCUCAUAACAGAAUGAGGGAUGUACAAUGCCAAAGUGGUACCCAUUCAUCCUGCUGGUGGGAGAUUACACUGUGGAAUGCUCCCUCUGGGUUUCCCCCCCAACCUAACCUUCCCUGCAAGACUGUAGGAAUUGUGCUUAGCUAGAAUUUUUCUCCUUGAUGUCUUUCUUUUUGGACACUUUCACAUGGAAGAUCAUACAGAAAUGGUACCUCCUAUGUGCACUCCUGUGUGGUAUUGCUCACCCACCACAUUUUGUUGCCUUAUGCACAGUUGUGCGUGCUGUGGCUAUUGGAUUUCCCGCCCUUAAAACUGAAAAAUCAUAUUCAUUUAGACUCUCUUUACAUGAAAAACUUAACAUACCACUGACAAUUUUGACAAUUCACAUGCUAUCACUUUUUUGCAAGAGACUGUACCAUUCACUUAUAUAGAGAAUUAGCAUAUUAUUUUAUGUCACCUUGAAUAAUAAUCACUAACAUUUUUUGCUUUUUCAAGACUUCAGUGGCCUGAAUUGACAUUUCCAGGAAGUAUGCACAGUGACUCCCAAACUUCCUUACUUGGCAGUAAUAGUGUAUUCAGUAUCUAACCAUAUUUAUGUAGAACUGGGUUAUAUUUCCAAGGUGUGUUUCUUCAGUUAAGGGAUAUUCAGCUGCCAUAUAGUUUUCCAUUCUGCUUGGGCUCUGAGAUUCUUUUGUAAUUCUUCAUAGCCUACUUUAGUACUUUCAUCAAAUUUUGCCAUUUUACUUUUCACAGUCUUCCCCGGGCCAUUAAUGGAUUUUAAAAAUAAAUAUCAGAAUACAAAUCAUUAGACUAUUUCACUGAACACACCUUCGUGCCAAAAGAUGUGUCUGAUUAUUUAUGCCUAUCAUCAACUCAGCAUUUAAUUUGAACAGGGGCUUAGCCUCAGCCCGAACAUCUGUUGGUUAAAGACAGCAGUGCAAGUGAAGUAAUAUUAAUCAAGAGUCCCCCAUUGUAUGUACCAUGUGCACUGAAUUAAUGACAGAAGCAGGGCCACAGGACCAUAUCACACAAGCCUGAUGGCUUUGAGUGGAACCCUUUGAGUGGAAAAGGGAAAGGAGGAUGCCCACUACUUCUCCACUCCAAAUAGCAACUGUCCCAAACUGCAUCUCUCUUACUGCAGAGAUCCAGACACAUCUUUACUCUCACAGUGCAAGCUUUGGGCAGAAAAAGAAGUUGAGGUUCUGAUUGGGGAGGGAGGGAAAAGCAGCUGGCAAAGACAGAGUUAAGCAUCUACUCUUGUUUCCACCCUCCAUUAGAAAAGUAGCCAUUGGUUUUUUAUUACACAUGGUUUUGAAUAAUGUGUAGUUCUGCCCUAAGUAACUUCAGCCAGCUGUUUCACAUCUGAGAUUAGCAGAAAAAGCUUUGGAUCAAGAAUAUAACUUCUUCAGGGCAUGAUUCUGAGACCUGCCAUUUUGGGAGUUAUGCACUACUUUUGGCUUCCAGUGAUUUUAAACAGUAGUCAAAGAGAGGCAUUCUUUCAAUACAAUGACAACAACAACUUGGCAUUUUGUUUUGGUGAAAAAGACUUAGAAAAACUUUAUAACACACAAUAUCAAAUAGAGAAAAAAGCAACUCAGGGUUACUUCUAGCAUAGUCAUCAAAGUGUAAACCUAUGCAUGUCUACUCAAGGAUAAAUACCACUGUGUACAAUGGGAGCCCAGAAAUUCUAUUAAAAAUUCAGUUAAUGUAUUGGAAGUCUGCAACAAAAUAAUUGCUUGAUUUAUUUAUUCAAAUCAGUGUGAGAUGUAAUCUCCCCAUCCCCAUCUGAACAUUCCAACUCCCAAACGGGAGUGAAUAAGGGAAAGUAUUUGAAUUGCAACACCUAAGAUUUAAGGUGGAUUCCAGUGUUGAAUCUACUGCCACCAACAGAAUCUGAACAUUUCUCCCCACUUCGUUCCCAAAGCCUUCAUUUGCAGAAAUAAGAUGCACAAUCAGUUGCACAUAAAAAUUUCACUCAAAGAAGUGGAUUGGCGUGAUUAAGCAUAGUUCAAUAAGUUUGGAGAAAAUUACUUUACAUAUUAGUUUUGCAAUAUCACUGCAGUGUUUAUGAUGUUGCCUGAACACAGUGACACGCACAGCUAAAUAUGAAGCAACUUUGACAGCAGAGCUUAAAAACCGGAAGUUAAACCACAAGCAGAUAAAGAAGAUCAAAAGAUUUUAGUGAUAUGUUUACCAUCUCCUCUGAAAGUGCCUUGAUGUACUUUUUACCCAUCCUUUUCUUCAUAGUCAUGGAAAUGGCCCGCAUCUUCUUUCCAAGGCUUCCCCCACUAUUUGGUGAUUUGCUAUGUCCCAGUUCUCCACCAUCACUUACAGCAUCUGCUUCACAUAUCUGGGUUUUUUAAAAAGAAAAAAAGUUUGUUUAAAAUUUUAUAGGAGUCUCUUGGUGAAGCUUUCUGAUGAUACAUGUAGCAAGUCAUUGUUUUCUGCCCCCAAAUUACAGUUUGUUCAUUACAGGCAAAUUGUGUUAGAGUUCCACUGGCAAGAAUCUACAUCUUUUGCUCUGGAAAGAGCACAAAAUCAAGAACAGCCCCUGCCAUUCUUCAGUGUCUGGAAAAGUACCAGGCUGACUUCAGAAGCAUGGGAGAAUUUUAAAGACUGUCCCUGAUACUGCAUUGAACCUCAGAGAUACUUGGAGAGCCAGGAGACUUCUCGGCACUUUUUGAAUGUCUGAGACUAAAUGUAAUGAGGGUGAGCUUCACUGUGGAAGAGGUCAGGGCUGCUCUUUCUCAUGCACACCCCACAGCCAGGCUGAGCUUUGAAGUCAACAUAAUGUAAGAAGGCCCUUCCCCCUGUACUUGGAUGGGGGAAUAGGGUAAUGAUGAUAGUACUCUGGCUGGCAACAAGGCAAGGCAAGAUUUGUUGGCCCUUGUCCAGUUGUGUUUGGACAUGCCUCUGUAAAUCUCCAAAACUAUGGAAGGUGGGUGUAUAACUAAUUACCAGCAAUGUAACAGGCAAUAGACAAUAGAUGACUAUGAGAUGUACAACUUCUCAACAACAGCAACUUGCUGUUUGAGUGUUUUCCCCUCCGAAAACCAAGGUUCUGUGUGCUGUAUCAUCAAAUCAUUAAGUCUGCACAAAUUUUACUCAAUUCAGCAGUCAGUUGCUCACUCAGUUGGUGCAAAAUCCACUGUAUUUUGCACAAUGUGCUUUCUGUUGCAUGUACAGAAGUUAAGGAGCUGUUAUGUAAAAUAACUAGAUUGAGUAAUAUACAAACCUCAGAUGAAUCAUCUGGCUUUGAAACUGACUGAUGUCUGCGCUGGUCAAAGUUCCCAAAGCUACCUGCUCGCUAUGAAAAGAAAAAAAUAAAUAUAGAUAGACACACUAACAUAAUUAUUUAUUUUUAGAGUAAGCUGAUACAAAGUUUUCAUAACUUUGCUGAGUGUUCCAGUUGGUACAUGUUAUGCAUUCAUAUUUGACGUAUGGUCAGCGAUGAUAAUCAAAUACAUUAUAGAUGAGGCAAUCGGAACUUUGCAGAGUUGGAAGUUAUCAGUUGUUACCUUUAUCCUGAGUCCAGUCCCAAAGGAUGGCUCUACUCAUCAAUCUCACCCUGAGCAGGUAGCUACAGUUGACUUUUAAAGUAACUAAGGUCAAAUCCACACCAUACAUUUAAAGCACACCCAACCUACAUGACUCCAAGUCCCAAAGAAUUAUGGGAACUGUAGUUGGUUAGAGGUGCUGCGAACCAUAGCUAUGGGAGGGAAAGAUUACAGUCCCCAGGAUUCUUUGGGAGGAAGGCACAUGUUUCAAAUGUGCAUUGGAUGUGCUUUAAAUGUCUGCCUUAAGACACACACUUUUUGUUAUCUUCUACGCAGGUUUGCCAAACACUCCUAAUGUACUACAAAGUGUUUUUUAAUUGUGAUCAAAUCAACAAAGGAUAAGGUAGGAACAAUGAGUUGGAUUCAGAUUUAGUGUUAUGCUUAAUUUAAGCCCUACUGGUUUCAGUGAGUCUACUCUCAGUAUUACUGAAUGCUACUCUAUUAACUCCAUUUCUUUUAUAACAACAAAACAUAUGUACUAAAGGUAAAGGUAAAGGGACCCCUGACCAUUAGGUCUAGUUGUGGCCGACUCUGGUUGUUGUGGUGCUCAUCUCACUUUACUGGCCGAGGGAGCCGGCGUACAGCUUCCGGGUCAUGUGGCCAGCAUGACAAAGCCCCUUCUGGCAAACCAGAGCAGCGCACAGAAAUGCCGUUUACCUUCCCGCCAGAGCGGUACCUAUUAUCUACUUGCACUUUGGUGUGCUUUCGAACUGCUAGGUUGGCAGGAGCUGGGACCAAGCAACGGGAACUCACCCCGUAGCGGGGAUUCGAACCACCGGCCUUCUGAUCGGCAAGUCCUAAGCUUUGUGGUUUAACCCACAGCACCACCCGCAUCCCGGUACUAAAGGUAGUUUGGCUAUAUUUACAUAUUGCCCUUUUGGUUCUGCAAGGGUUUGAUGGUUGGUUCUGAAAGAGUCUCAUUAUGGGUAUGUUUGCAUUGCUGACCGUUAUGCAAAGUGAUAAGUGUGCAUUCAAGUUCAGCAGUGGUGAUUCUAAGAAUGAUGUACAUGCAGUUGACACUAACUGUACACUUUACAAAGUAGCUUCCUUGGAGAAUUUUCAGUCUGGAAGGUGCCUCAUCUUAUUACAAUCCUGGUAAUAAAUCACAAAUUUACUGCCUGUGUUAGGUCCCAUUUCUUUUACAUUCUUUUGAAACUAAAAAUAAAGAGUAAUCGACAAUUUACUGAUGGAAUAAAAUUAUCAUUUGGACAACUAGUUUGCAAUCACAUGAAGAUCAGUCUUGCUAGCUGCAACCCUAUUUUGAUUGUUUAUUUGAUUUUAUAGCUCACAUUAAUCCUCAAGGCUCAGGAAUAAUUCCUUAUCUAGAGCUGCAAUCUCACUAGUGAAAAAAAAUCUGAUUGAGUACAGUGGAAAUGACUUCAGAGUAAAUUUGCUUAGGAUUGCAUUGCUAUUCAUUUUCAACACCUCCUCCACCCCCCAAAAUGGGGCAAUGGGAAGGUCAUCAUGGUGCAAACACACCAGCAGGAAGGCCAAAUUGGUUCUGCCAAUGUGUUUGUAGCACACUGAUCUCCCUGUCUCAUCUCUCCUCCCUUCUGGUAGGCAGCAUUGCCCCAUCUGCUGGAAACUAGUGUAGUGGCUCUGCCCCACCUAGUGAGCCACUACUGGUGCAUGUGAGAGUUUCAGGCCUGGGGUUAUCACAGCCAUCCCAUGCACGUAGCCGCCAAACAGUCUGUCAAUGUGGCCCUUGAGCUAUGAAAGCUUCUCCACUCCUGGCUUACUCUAAUUUUAUAUCAAGUUUACUUUGCCCCCUUAUUUGAUUCGUGGUAACAGAGCAUUUUCAUUGCUACCCAUUACAUAUGGUGUGUGUGUGUGUGUGUGUGUGUGUACAUUUUGCAAAUGGGUGUCAGAUAUCCCCCUCAAUUCAUACAGUUAACAUUUCCUUUACAGAUUUUCUAUAUUAAAUCAGUGAACAAUAUCCUGACAAGUGGUGAGAGGCAUCUCAAUAGUGUGAUAUAACACACACGGCACCAAAGAUUAUGGGCCUAUCAGGCAGGAUUAACACCUUUUGCUGACUUUUCAGUCCUGCUGAAUAUGCCCCACAGCACUGUAGAUAAAUGAAGGAAGGCUACAAUUCACCACAAUGUUUAAUUGAGGAACAGGCUCGUGCCAUGAUACAAAUUUAGCAGCCAGUGCCUUUCAGUAGCAUUCGGGAUGCCUACGAUGAAUCCCUGUUUAUUGAAGUGCUGAUGUGAUAGUGAGACACUGAGGAGCUGAGGGGAAAUAAUGCUUAUCGUUGCUGUUCUCAUAAAGAGCCAGAGCUGAGGGAAAUCAGUUAUUCCUUUCGAGGCUCACAACAAUCUUCUAUCCUAUCUGAGCAGAGGCCUUGGGCUAUUUUGUCAUGUACCUUUGUGUUGUGCCGUACUUAUUAAACAUUAAUAAGAGCUGCAGGAUGGUUUCCACCAUUCUAGAUAAUGGCCUUGUUGCACAGGAGAGCAUUAAGCAGGGCUACUUCAGCAAUUCUCAGUCCCAACUUCUUUUUUCUCCCCAUUAAGUAAUCAAUAUAGCUGCCACCUUUUAAAAUGCAUUCAACCCCAUGACAACAGUGUAGAAAAACACACUGAGGAGCUGAGGGCCUGCAGUGUGUGUGUGUACGUGACUCCUGAGUCCUUCUGCUCGCCUGUGCCAGCAGCCACAUCAGCUUCAGUGAGUAUCUGCCCGGUGAAGCCAUUGGUGUAAUGUGGGAGCCUUAUUUUCCAGUUUUACAAAAGCUUUUAAAGCAAAUGCAAGUCUCUUGGAAGAGAAUGGGCCAUUGAUUUUGACACUGGUAUUCAGAAUCCCAUAAAAUUAAGUGAUUCUCUUUUGGAAGGAUGACUACAUUAAGCAAAUUAAUCUCCCUGAACAUAAAAUGUGCUGCAGGAAGGGAAGGGUUUGCAUGCACCCAUUAAGAAGGAGCAAGAACGCAGGAGGUUCCCUUUGGGCACCAAAAUAUUUCUGAUUGGAUGAUUUGCCAGGAGAAGAGGAAUGUGAGAGCUGGUGAACAAGCUUACUUCUUGGUCAACUCACUGCUAUGUUUUCAACAAUUCAGCCCCUGUAAAGCUAGUUCUGGUGUCCUCCCUCUUGUAAGUCGCAUGGAGUUGAGGUUGCUGGAGGAUGUUCUGCUUUCACAAGGGCUAUGAACUCUUAGGUCCUGAUUCAUAAAUACCCCAUGAACCAACAUAGCCAAAAAUCAGGGAUUUAUUUUUUUUGUUCAGAUAUUUCUAAAUCACAAUUUCAUAGAAGAGAUAACAAAGCAGUGUACAGCUUGAGAACAAGUACUGUAACAAGAACAUCAUUAAAAGCAUCAAGAGCGUAUCAGCAAAGCUGGCUGAUAAAAAAUAAAUCAAAUUGCAAAGGCCUAAACAAUACAGUUUUUGCUGUAGAACUGUGGUGAAGCAACAUCUGGAUGGCACCACGUUGGCCACCCAUUUCUUCUUGCUUGCUUUUCCACCUUGCUUUUCCUUAACUGAAGGCUCUAUAUACAUAUAAGUAUGCCUGUCACUAUUGCUAGGAUGUUCUUCUUUCCCUUCCCCCUUAAUUUUUACUAUAUACUUUUGAGAAGAGGUUUUCAGCACAGAGGACAGGAGGUGUAAAUGUGCUACUGGUUGAGGUGUUAUAAUUGUUGUAUUUUCCAUUCCCCGUCUAAAUCAUCACUAACUUUCAUUCUUCCUUUCUGGGAGGUCUGUAGUACACUGGACUUCCUGAGAGCCAGAGUUAAUCCCUGCAUCACAUUCCUCAAGAGUAAUAAUCAGCAUUUAAUACUGGGAAAUAUUAACAGAACUAAUGCUUACAGUCAGACCCAAGACAGCCAUAAACCGUAUCUUGUGCUUUGUUAGGUUAUGCUAACUAAAGAAUUAUCUGUCUAGCUUAUUAGCAUUUGGUGAGGUAGACAGCCUUAAGAUGCCAAGUUAUGCUUUUCUAUGAGCACAAAUGGGGGUUGUAUGAGAUCAGUGCUUAUUAGAUUGCACCUAUGGUAAAUACGCACUGCAGGAAAGACAACACAGAGCCUCAUGUACCACUAAGACAAAGGAUAAAGAAAUGGGAGAUCAUGUGCUGGUCUUCUGAACAGGAAUGAGGUUCAUCCACCUGCUUUUAUAACAUUGGCUUUUAUUUGUCCCGUGUGCAAAAUCUUUUUUUAAAUAUGGCCAUAAACUGUUUCAUCACCAUAAGUGCUCCUUUGGAACUAGGUUAGUAUCUUAGGAUAACUGCUGAGAGACUUUAGUGAGCUAUUCACAUCUCAAAUAUUCAUCCAGCUUUGUUCACAAGGCGUUUCUUUUUAUUCGUGCAUGGCAUUUUCCUGCUUUGUUAAGAAUUACGGGGCAGAAUGCAUCCAUUCUGAGCCAUGCAGUUGUGGAAGCACUCCACCUAGUCCAUAGCUGCUUCCAACCAUUCUGGGCUUUUUGACAUUAUAGAACUGGGGCAUUCAACAUAAUAUAUGCGCUCUUUGUAAAGGCAGCCUUCUGAUCUGGUCUCAAAAAGCAGGUUGUGGUUGACUUUGUUAGCAAGUUUAGUGGCUGUGUCUCUGUGGAGAUGUUUUGCAGAUAUUGGCAUACAUAAUAAAUAACCAUUUCCUGAAAGCAUCUCAGUUCUUUAAGCUAAGGCUUUCAACUUUGUGAUGGCAUUUACCUUCUUUGCCCCAUGCUAUGUGAUUAUUGGUCAUUAAAUUUGAAAAAUUUGAAAAAUGGGGAUGUUCAACUAUGUUGAGAUCCACAAUUUGGGAAAGCUCUAGAUGAAUGCUUUCUUCAUUACAGGUGUGUGUGUGUACAGGCACAAUCUGCUUUAAAUCUGUUUUGUGGACAUGUCUAUCACAACUUUAGUUUUGGGAGCUCCAGAAGAGCACUACGUUCAGUUAACGACCACCACAAAAUGACGCAGGAAAAAUAAAAGGUGCAUUGGACCCUUAAGCACUAUUAAAUACUUCAUAAAUCUCAUUAACAGACUAUUACAAAAAUCACUGUCAAUGGGAGAAACUGUUUGUCUUGCCUGAAGCCAUUGAUCAUGGCCUCCAUUAAAUGAAUGAUAAACUCCCUGUUGUCUUCACUGGAAGUGUGAUCAAACUCUUUCGUUCCUUUUUUAUCAAUGUUGCUACCACAUUGUUAUGAAUCAUAAUGUCAAAUAAUGUUAUGGUCAUGAGAAUUAGAGCAAAUAUGUUCUAGGAGAUAAGGUUUGUAUUAAAUGCAGGUCCUAACCUGUCCUUAUUAUAUCUAACUUCCUUCUUGAGCUUCCUUAGUAGCUGGAGAUUAAGAAAAGUUUCAGUCCCCUCAGCUAUGUUUUACUGUAUCCAUCCAGCAGUGCCCUUGACCAUAAGCAAUGACCAACUGUACACUAAUUCUUAGGAAGAUUUUUUUUUAUAAAAAAAAGGAAUAUGGAGGGGAGGGAGGAAUUUUACUACUUUUAAAUGAGUGUUUGAUGCAUCAUUUUGGUUUACCUGAUUAAUGUGCACAGCAAACUCAGCCACGAGAGUUGUAAUGUUUCUGCAAGCUUCCCUAAAGCGAAGCUCAGCCAUUAAUUCAAUGGCACAUGUCAGCUCAGCAGAACAAGGUCACUCUUCUCCUUCAAGGGGAACCUUUUUAGAAAUAAUAAAACUGACAGAAAGUUCUUUUUUGCAUGCUUUAUAUCACCUGAGGUUGAGUGCUGCAGUGAAUAUAGCAGGGCUUAUAAACAACCUCAUGCCCAAGCAGCCCCCAACCCACCAGGUUUUUGAACCUAAACUUUUUAUUUUUUUAAAAGCCAAUGACAGCUUUAUGCACAGCAAAUAUGCCAUAUCAUGUAAUCCUAAAUAAAUAAAAAUAAGUAAAUCUUUUCUUAGGAUUUUUGGAGGAGAAGGUUUGUAAGCUCAAUGAGCACAAAUGGCUGAUGUUGCAGGCAGCAGGUUAAUAAGGAAGAAAAAUAUAGAGUGAAGGACUUUGUGUAGUCAAUUCCACAGAGGUUUCACCUUUGAGUGCAAAGUGAGGAAAAUUUAUUUCAAAUAUUAUUGGAUUGCCCUGUCUCCAGUUCAUUUAUAUAGCGGACUGUAAAUCUGUAAAAGGACUUUUUAAAUGUAAAGUAAAUGCAAGGUUGAUCCAGCGCACUGAAGUUUACAAAUAACUAGGACCAGCUGAGUAGCUGUUUGACAGAUGUUAAAAACUGAAACCUGCUGACUUAGAUGCAGAAAAGAAAGAGCAAAGUGUAAUCAAAACCCCAGUACUGAAGCAGCUCCAUGUUUGGCCCACCACCACAUUUUUUUAGAGCAGGAAUGGAACCAAAUGUACUGUAUAGGUUAUUCAAGUGACAUGGGUUCAGUAUGCAGAUGGCCUGGAUACAUUGGGUGUCCAAUUAAGUCAUACUGGGAGCAGACUUAAUGAAAUCUAUGCUCGUAAGCUUGACUAAUGGUGGAUAUCACUCAUAGGAUAUCCAUGUGGGCUCUGUAAUCUCUCCUACAGUUUAAAUGACACUGGGUUGAACUGAACAUUGCACUAUUACAAACAUUCCAUCUAUGCAGGCAUAUCAGACAGGAGAAUUCCCCUUCCCUUUCCCCAUGAGCUGUUCAGAGGGGGUUCUCCUGACCCCUGCAAGCCACUUGGGGGGCAUGCAGGGGAGGCGAGGAGGAGAAGCCCUUUGCAGAGGGCUUCCACUGACAGGAUUUGCUAGGUGAAUCCCACACAGAACUUAUUUUACACACGCACACACAGACUGUAAAAACAUCUGGCCUUGGGACUUUCUCAUAGAGAGUGUUUUUGACUGAGUUAUAUUUUUGUUGAGUUUAUUCUUGGUAUCUAUUCUAUUAUUUUUAUUCACUUCUCUGUUGCUGAAAAGCACUUUGAUGUUGGAAAAGCAGUAGAUAUACUUAUUCUUAAAAAGUACAUCAAUUAAUAAGAGCUUGAGUUCUUAUCAAUUAAUGCCUCGGCAAGUUGAUCCCAGUUGAACAACAUCUGUAAAAAGACUAGCCACUUUACCAAUGCAUUUACACUGUAAAAGAGCAAAUUAUGCAGUCACCUAAGUGAGUAGGCAGGCAAAUUCUGUACUCACAAUAGCCUAACAUCCAAAGAUGUGGACAAAGCAGCGUCAGGGGCAUGGCUCACAACUCUUCUGCCCUCUUUCCUUUGAAGUGAUAUUUUUCUCUAAAUUGUUGCUCCUUGUUCUGAAUCUCAGAUAUUUUUCAAAUUAGAUAAGCAGAUAUUUUAUCUAAUUAAGCUCACACACAUUCACAUUAUGUACAGUGAUCUAGUGCAGCAACCCUCAGAAAAAUCUGCCAUGCAGAAUAGGGUAAAUUCUGUCUGAGUAUCAUAAUCAUUUUUAUUUAUUUUAAAAAAUGAGGUUAGUAGAUUAGAACCAUCUGGUUUGGAUUACUGGAAGUUUUCUGUCACCAUUAAAAAAACCUUCAACCACAUCCUCUUGCUGCACUUAUUUUUUUAAAAAAAUGAUGCCUGACAUACAUGUAGCACAAUCUUAGAUGGGGGACAGCGAGCUCUGGAAAUGCAACACGAAAACCAAAAUGAACCUUAAAAUCCCAUUCACCUUUUGGGAAUAUAAUAGUGGAACUGAUGAUGGCACAAUUCAUUAUGAUUUUGAAUCUCUACAAUCACAGGGUGACAUAUUAGCUAACUGGACCUAAACUACCAUCACAACAAUAUAUUUUAACAUGAUUUAAAAUUGUCUUUUGUCACCUGUAUUACAACUUCUGAAAUCGUCUUUAGUGUUAAAUAAAUAAAUAAAUCUUAAAAUGAGAAUGUUAUGAUAUAUGAACACAACUGAAGAAACAUGUAAAUUUAAAACAAGGAACAUCUCAGUGAAAAAAUUAAAAAAUUAAAAACAUCAACAAGCAAUCAUGAACAGGAAACCAUUAAGAAGCUAUCCUCUGCAGGCCUCACUGAAAUAAAUAGGAGCUACCACGGUAAACAAAGUUUUCUAGGGGAUUGUUUUGGCUCAACUGUCUACACAGAAUACAAGAAAAUAAGUAGUAUUGUUGGCUGCAGAAACUUUGACUAAUGGACACCCCCCCACACACACUUGUGUGAUGAUGAAGCAGCCGAUGUUAGCUCUGACCCAGUUUAAUUUACAAGGCCUGCAGGAAACAGGAAAACCUUAUCUGUAAUGUCACCCGAAGUUCUUUUUUUAACUGAAUAUGAAGACAAGUUUCUAUGCAUGUGGGUGUCAUCCGAUAAUGCUUACAGGUAUUUCCAGCAAAAAUCAUCAUACCCAGAUGUUAUCUGUUUGUGGCUGUUUUGCAGAACUUGCAAAUACCUUGACAGUCUUCUUGGAGGAUUGUACUAAAGACCUUUGAUGACAGACCUAUGUGCCAUCUCUGCCUCUAAGCAUAAAUUUACACAGUUGGAAGCCAGAAAAAUGUAGCUUUAUCAUCAGCUCAUCACCUCUCAUUAUUGUAGGAAUAAAUGCAAAUGGGGGGGGGGGAGGAAUGUGACUGCCAAAUAGGUUGUAGAAACCAGCUACAAUGAUAUGAGUAGCUGAUUAAUUAUGGGCUCAAUUUCUUUAUGAAAUCUAAACUUUUCUGUUUUAAAUCUGAAUCUCCUAAAUGCCUUUGAAAUAACAUUAGAAAGCUUAACCCUGGUUAAUAUUCAUUAAUGGUAUAUAGUCUCCACGUUGCAUAUCUUGGUCUUUAAAACCCACAAUUAUAUUUUGAAUAAUGAAUGUUUGGCAUGACAGUAACUUUUAUUUUUGUAUCUGCUAUUUUGGAAUUCAUUGUAUCCACGGUUAAACAGGAGAACAACAUAGGAAAUUUAUGAAGAAUCUAUCUGAUCCAUAAGCACAAUUUUGUUUCAUUUUUAAAAAUAAAAUAACAAACCACUGAAUUGCUCCACCACCUCCUAAGAAAAAAUUGGGACAUUCUCCCCCUUUCGCUGCACUAACUUCCUGUUGCUGCUUGCUGACUUGCAUGCUCCCCCACACCAUCCCACCGCCACCACCAGUUGCUGGUUUGUACCCCCCCAUCCCACUGCCGCCACUGCUUGUCUGCUAGCCCGCCCCCCAUCGCGCCACCGCUUGCACAUACGCCACCUUAGUGGCUUGUGUGUGCGCAUGCCCACUACUGCAUGCCACACUGCACCACCACUCAGCUGUGUGCCCAGGGGCUCACCGCCACCACCACACACUGAUUUACUUCUAGAAGUGGCACUGUACAUAACGAAGCUGCGGCCCUUUUUCGUGCAUGUUGUGGUAGGUGGCAGCGGUCAGCCACCCAAGGUGCUCUGCAGCUUCUGUAAUUCCAGGAAUGUCCUGGUAAAAAUGGGGCAGUUAGGCAGUAAAGGUAAAGGUAAAGGGACCCCUGACCAUUAGGUCCAGUCGUGGCCAACUCUGGGGUUGUGGCGCUCAUCUCACUUUAUUGGCCGAGUGAGCCAGUGUACAGCUUCCGGGUUAUGUGGCCAGCAUGACUAAGCCGCUUCUGGCGAACCAGAGCAACGCAAGGAGACGCCGUUUACCUUCCCGCCGGAGUGGUACCUAUUUAUUUAUUUGCACUUUGAUGUGCUUUCGAACUGCUAGGUUGGCAGGAGCAAGGACCGAGCAAUGGGAGCUCACCCCGUUGUGGGGAUUCAAGCCGCGACCUUCUGAUCUGCAAGUCCUAGGCUUUGUGGUUUAACCCACAGAGUUGCAAUGCACUUAAAACUUUGUUCACUAGCAUAUGCUCAUGAUUUGAGAACUGCAACAGGAAGUAAUGACCUGCACGUGUGAAUGAGUCACCAUGGAUAGAACUUAAAAUACAGUUUUUGAGUCAGUUUAUGCAAUCAGGAUCCUGUCUGAAACUGAAAUGUACAAAAAUCAAGUAAAUCAGCCCUUAGAUUCCAGCAAUUUUGAUUGUGGUUGUGCCCCAUCCUCCAUCCAUUCCUGGACAAAGUUAAACUCAUUCAUCCUCAUCAAGCAGCUUUUUCCAUUUGUAGGAGAAUAGAAUUCUCCACCGGCUACCACUUCCCUGCUUUUAGGAAUGAAGGGAGCAGCUCUUUACAUGCUACUGUGUGAAGUGUGUCUCUGUGUGCACAUUAGCCUGUAAGCCCUGCAGUUUGAGGUUUUUUCUAAAAGCGCUUUUGCAGACAUUGUUUUGCAGGUGUCCACACCUGCAUGCUGUGCAGACAACAUGAGCAGUUGCCACGCAGAGGUCAUAGACCCUCUAGCACAUCAAUUUCUUUGCUCCCUCCCUGUUCAAUGCACACUGUACUCUAUGAAAAAUGCUUAUAGGUUUAUUGAGAUGCCAAAAGUCCAGUAACACAGGCUACACAUACAGUUAUACUGCACUCAGUGUUUGCCCAGAGGCUUCCUUCAGUUGUGCCACACAAGCAACUACGUAUCUUUUUUACUUUUGGCAUUGUGCUCAGAGUGUUCCUGCCCUAGCACCAGACAGGCCUGGAACAUCACACAGUUUGAUUUGUUCAACAAGGAAUGCAAAAAAAAAAAAAAAAAAAAGGCACUUCAUAGACCCUCUGGCACUUCAGGCUUCCAAUAUAUCUGUUCCCUUUUAUACCAGUUAAUUCCAUUAGAGUCAUGGUGGUUUUUAAAAUAUCACCAUACAGCUGUGUUUUGUCCAAGGGCAAUGCACAAAACGGAUGCACUUCAUAUCUAUCAAACUGCUACCAUAAGCAUCAGAUAAAUGGCUCUUGGUGGAAAAGUUUUUAGUGGUUACAACACUAAGUUGAUUGAAGUUUCGAUAAACUGGAGUGAUUACUUAAAAAGCAACACCACACAAUAAAUACCAUGGCAGAAGCCAGCCCCUUCGCAAUUGUGUUUGUGUGCAGAUGAGAAAGAGUUAAUGGUGGCUGUUUCCAUCUGUCCUUUUAAAGAGCAUAAACACUUAAUGGAGGCUGUUUCCGCCCCCUCCUUUCAAAUAGCAAAACAUUAGUGAAGCCUAUGCAAUUCUCUGAAGACUAAAAUAUACCAAUAUACUUGGGGAUUUUUUUACAAAACCAAUUGAUUAUCUUCAAAGUAAUCCCAACACCAAAUGGCUCAGGUACCUCUCAGGUUAAUAUCUUCAUGGAAGGAUGUGGGGGAGUAUCUACACAAGUGCAGUCCAACAAUGUCACAAAACUCUCCCCAAGAGGAGGUUCCCAUAUGGCAUUCUUACUUUCCACACAAGGAAAUGUAAGAUGUAAGAUGGCUUAUAACUGUUCUACAGAAAGGUGCUUUCAGAACACCAAAAACAUGCUAUACCAGCAAUAUGUAGAUGAUAGUGUGUGUAUGCUGACCUAAAAAAUGCAUCUCUGAGAGACACUGAGUAUCUGUGUGUAGCUGCUCAGUUUACCCACUGAAGUGAAUAGGGGAUUCUCGUUUAUACUGAAGCUCAUUUUAAAAGAAAAAUAAAUGGUUGCUAGAUAAAUAUUGAAAAUACUAAGCAUGACUGUUACUAGUUUUUGUAGAAUGCAAUGCCUGACCAUCCAGGAAGGCACGCAAGGAAGUUCAUUGUGAAAUCCUGCCAGUUCCUUUGCAACUAUAGGUGCAUGUUUUAAAUGUUUCCCAACCAUAUGGUUAGUUUGGUAACAAUCUUCUUUAGAGGGGAAUUGCAAAAUUCAGUAUGACGAAUGCAGAAUUGAUUUUAGUUAGGUUUUCCCCACUGUUCCCUACUUUUAAACACAUAGUGAAAAUCAGUAUAAAAUGUGUGGAAGACACACUGGCUUAGCACCACUAUGCUUUUGCAUUAAAGGUACCCCCCCCCCCCCCCGUACGGGCCAGUCGUGACCGACUCUAGGGUUGCGCGCUCAUCUCGCUCAAGAGGCCGGGAGCCAACGCUGUCCGAAGACACUUCCGGGUCACGUGGCCAGCGUGACGAAGCUGCUAUGGCGAGCCAGCACCAGCGCAGCACACGGAAACGCCGUUUACCUUCCCGCUAUAAAGCGGUCCCUAUUUAUCUACUUGCACUUAGGGGUGCUUUUGAACUGCUAGGUGGGCAGGAGCUGGGACUGAACGACGGGAGCUCACCCCGCCGCGGGGAUUCGAACCGCCGACCUUACGAUCAGCAAGUCCUAGGCACUGAGGUUUUACCCACAGCGCCACCCGCGUCCCCAUUGCAUUAAACAUUAUCAAAAUAUAUAUCAUAUCAAAAUAACAGAUAAAUGUACUACCCUGUGGUACAUUCGUCAUUUAUUUCGUCAUUUCCUUCCCAUGAAAUUAAAUUGAUUAAGAUAAUAAAAAGGUAUCAGUAAAAUAUUGUAGAGAAAAUGGGUGGUGGUGGGUACAAACAUUGGUGAGCCACAGUGGUGGUUCACUAGAAGGGGGAAUAUGCUGAGGAGUGGCCAUUUAGUGUUGCACAUAGUAGUUCUAAACUUGUAGAAAGCCAGUCAUCUAGAGACUUUCAAUGAGCAGUCAUAACGCAGAACACAGCCACUCUAGAUGACGGAAUGAUUGUGAAAGUGUGGCAAUACUAUGUACUUCUGAAGUGUCUGGAGGCAUGUCUCCUCUCAAAGGAGCCAUGUAAGGCUUUUUAAAAUUACCAUCUUUCCCCAGCCUGCAGAAAGGCUUAAGAAGCAAUGCGUCCAUGACAAUAUUUUCUUUCUCACUGAAUGUUGUGGCCGUCAGGGGCCAGAUUUAAUUUCUGGACCUAUCAGCCCUCUGCAAGGGGUCAAUACAUUAUAGCUGUAGAAUGGAGCUGUUUCAAACGCAACUCCGCCCCCGAUGAUGGGCAACUGUUUGGUGAAGUUUACUGGAGACUGUGAAAGCCACUAAAGAAUAAAGGUAUAUAUUUUUAAGGUGAGGCAUUGGGGCGGGGCGGGGGUAGGGGCUGGUUUACUAUUGCAAUUCCAUUCACCAAGUGUGGGAAAAUGUGUUUUUAUAAAAAUCAAUUCAUACCACUACCUUCUACAUAAAAACAUUUGUAUGAUAGUUUACAGUAUUAAUCUAAAAUAAACAAAGUUGAAGGAGAGAAAGUCUCUCCAGUAGUGUGAUCAUACCUCCUUGCUUAGCAACCAUCAGAGUCAGCUACCUGAGGCAAAAGACGAGAUCACAUCCCUUCCCCCUUUCCAUCCAUAGAAUCCAACCAGGCUGGCAGUUGAAUCUUAUUUCAACAUUGACAAUGGGAUACUGUCUUUCAGGGUGCCCAAGGUCAGCAGAUCUAGUUAGAAGGUGGUACACAUAGUUCUGAUUGCCAACUGACAGGAAUAGUCAGGGGCCUCAGGAGAAACAGCUGGAGUGCUGUUGGCUCAGCAACUGCCCAAUGGUGGCCAUUGCCCAUCAUUAAACAUAUAAGAUUAAAUAACUUAUUUAUGCCAAUUAUUAAUUCAUCCAUUUUAUUACAAUCCUAAUCAGCUUUUAAAUCAGUGAAAAGAGGAUUGUGUUAUCGAUUCUAUCUUCCCAGAAAAUAUUGACUUGUUCAAGAUUACUGUUGAUAGUACAAGUUCAUCCAUUCUUUCCCCAGAAAGUGGCAGAAAGUGUAAUUCAAUCUGGGAAAAUCCCUUUAUCAUCAGAGGAUCAGUCUUAGGAAGCUCAGGAAGUUCAUACUUACUGCAUGAACUUAAAGGUUUUAUGUGUGUCGAAAAAUUUUACUCACUGAACCACUUGAAAUUAAUUAAAAUAUUUACAGCAAUACAGCAGAUUACAGCUGUAAUAUCAGCACCUUGUCUUAUACUCUUAUUUGUAAUAAGAUUUAUUAGUCACUUGAUACCUUAAAGAUUUCCAAGUGAACUGUGUUUUUAAAAAUGGAAACUAAAUACAUUAUACCAUCUGAAAUUCAUAUAAAACAUUAACAUUUUUAUACAAACACCUACAAUUCACAUACACACAAUAACAGUCACAGAAAGCUUAGAGUACCAGAUAGGAAAAAAUAUGAAUCCAUCCAUAAACAAUAUCUUGUUGACCCAACCAAAACCCUUUGUUUUUUUCAAAAAUGAAAAUCUGUAUUAUUCAAUCCAGUCGUCAGAACAGAUGUACCAGUAAUAUUUUUAUGCUAGAUAUAAAGGCCAUCAAAAAUAAAUUACCAAAAAAUGGAAAAAGUGGAUCUAACUGUGAAAAUUCAUUUUGAACCCAAAAUAUUCCCCCUCCCCAAUUCCUUUCACAAGUAAUGAUUUCACACUAAUGCAGCAAUUUUUUUUGCCAAAAAUAAAGGGAGGGAAGAGAAAUAAAAAUGCAAGGGCAGAAAAUAAUAAUUUGGUUGUCUUGUGCUCUUGGCAAGACUCUCCUCUGCUCCUCUUUGCUACUUGAAUGUCCUAACCUGGGAACAAAAUAUCCAAAGUUUGCUAUUUAUGUUCCUAUGGGAAAAAUCUAACUCUACCAUGUCCAACUCUGACAUCAGUGGGAUUGGAAUUUCGACUUAGAAUUAAAAUGUAUGCAUUCAAUGUCUUAGCUAUAACGGUAUAUCUGUAUAUAUCUUUCUAUAUGUUAUCUUUGCCUCUGAAUGUAAAUGUAAAACACAGGCAGCCAAAACAAUGAAGAACUGAACAAUAAACAUUCUCGAGGGAUCAAUUAUAUUAUACCUGAAGGCAAAGGGGUACCAAAAUAACAAACGUCUGCUACUUCAAAUAAAAUGCAUUCACAUUCUGCCAUUGUUAGGCUUUACUAUAAAAACACUUGCAGCAAAGUACAACUGACUGUUAAACUAAAAAGUUCACUAAAGAUAGAAAAACAAAAUUAUUGGUUCACAGAAACAAGCAUCUGCAACAAUUAUGGAAUCAUAGUGAUACUCCUGUCUAAGCCAUGGCUAGUUCCCAGACAACUUCCUCACACAGCAAUUUACAAAGUUUCUGAACACAGUCAUGUAACUGAGCACACAUCCUUGUGGAUAAAAUGCCCAUUACUUUUUGUCAGUACUAGUCCUAAGACCCCUGUAGGGUCAUUUCACAAUUAAAGAAGUAGAACUGUGGCGAUGACACUUCUGAAGGAGCUACUUUCAUAUUUUUAAACUAAAAAUAACUUAGAAUCAAGGUCCCUCACUGGACUGGGAAUGAGGGCUGCAUACAGUUACCAAGACUUGGACUUGUGCAACUCCCUCUGAGGGUGGUGGCCUUCUCUUUUAAGUGGGACCUUUGUAAAAUUCUCAUUUUGAAUUUGCUUACCUAAAUCUGGGAAUUACUCAGGGCAGCAUGUUGAAGACGAUUUCAAGGACACCUCUGCUUGCUUGGUACUUAGGUCUGAAACCUGUAACAUCUACUCCUGGAAGAGAGGGUCUUUGCCACCUCAUUUUCAUGGGAGGGCCUGUUUGUGUGAAAUUACCCUCACCAAAAAAAAAAAAAAAACCCACCCACCCCCCUCCAGAAAUGAACAUUGUCCAGCUGCCCUCAGUCCCAGUGAACUCUGGGCUGUGAAUAUCAAAAACUUGUAAUUUGGUACUAUAUAACAGAUUAUUUUGAGCACCACAGCUUGGGUUUUUCCAUCUAAAUGUAAUUCCUUCUUAAAUGCUAAAUUCUCUUACCUUUGGCUUUUGAGUUUUUUCCUUAUCUGAAGCAUUCGAAGGUUUUCUCUUCAACAUCUUAACAUUCAGAUUGAAUCAAAAUACCAUUAUAAGGCAGAGUUGCUCGAUUUGCUCAGCCAAAGUGCAGCAGUGUGAAUGAUACACAGAGCUCAAAUCAGCAAAAUAAGACUUCCUUAUUCUGCUAAGGAUGUGACUUCACUCAGCUUUCUGCUAGGACUGGUUGAAAUACUGAAGAUAGAGGAAGGAAGACAAAAUGAGAAGAAGAAAGAGAGAGAGAGGCUCUGGGUAUAACUCAGCAAGCGCUGCUCCUUCAGCUUCUUCCCCACAUUUCUUUCACGGCAGCUUCUACAGAAACGAUGCUUGAUGCACUGUUUCCAUACUAGCAGCCUUGUGUGGAAGGGUGAACAAGUCAGGGAUGCUCAACCCCCUGCAGUCUUCUAUAGCUUUGUCAACAAUUUAUAACAUCCCAAACAGCAGGAUUAUUAUUAUUCUCUUCUUUCAGUGUUACAACCAUACUAGGAAGCACCACAGCAACCAUGAUCUUCUGGCACAUCCCUCUCAAAACAAAUUAAAAAUAUAGUGAGCUGAAGUGUAAAAGAACAAACACUGCCUAGUAUGUGAUGUUCUAAUGAGGGUGGGUAACAAACAAUUUAUAUCCAUUCUCCUGCAGCAUUACCAGUUGCAGGGAAACAAGCAGAGACUGCUAUUGCCUCCUUGUGCAAUUCCCAGGAACAUCUGGUUGGCCACCGUGGGCAACAGAGGAACUGCACUAGAGGAACUACUUUUGUUUGAUAGAUGACCUUGGUCUGAUCCAGCAGGGCUCUUCUUAUAUUCUUACAUGUUUUCUUUAGAGUAGGUUUUCAGAAGUGCAUAGGAAGCUAGGCUCAUGACUCUUUUGCAACCAUUGCUCCAGGGCAUAUUCCUACAAAAAACAUCUAAAUGUGCCAAACAAUCUUAUCCCUAAAAAACAAAAUCCUCCCUAGGUUGUCAUCCUGGCCAGAAAUGGAAUCAUAUUUGUUAUUAGCAGCCUACACUUGGUGUGAAGUAGUUUAGAUCAUUUGAUAUCAACGAGAUGAAAAUCAGCUUUACUCCUGGUACUUCUAGCCAACUGGUUUUUAGAGUAAUAAACACACACCCCUACCUCACUGGUUUAUAUAUAAGACUCUAGAGAUAUAAAAUCUAGGAGGGUGCAAUGACCACAAGGAUGUUUUUUGUUUUGGAAAGUGGUGCAUUUUAGCUUAUACAGAAUAGCAUAGUGGUCUUUUGGGACCCAUUUGGAAUUCUGAGAGUACCGUGGGCACCACCCACACUUGUUGCCUAUUUUCCUGCUAAUCUCUCCUCCCCAAAUAGAGAAAAAACAUGCAUGUGUGCAUGCACAUUCCUCAGUUUUACAAGUUAUUUGAGUAAAAGUUGGAUCCAGUAGAACUAACAUGGAAUUUAAACAGUCAUAGAGGAUUUUCUCUCUUUUUUAAAAAGGUUAAACUUCAACAUCAGCCAGCACCAAACAACAAAAAUAUAACUUGGACCUAUUUGUCUGGAGUUUUGGAAGACUUUAUAUAGAAGGGCCUGCUAUACCUACAAAUUUCAUUCACUUCUGUCAAAAAAAAGUGUGUAUGAGAGACAGAGCUAUAGUCAUUUGUUGAUGCAAGUCAAUAAAGCGGCACAGAGCUUCAGAUUUUCAAAAUUAAGGUGCUGAUAUCAAUUAAGGUGCUGAUAUCAAACUGUCUGACCAAACUGCGGGACGUCUGACCAAACUGCGGGAGGCAGUGGAAGACAGGAGUGCCUGGCGUGCUCUGGUCCAUGGGGUCACGAAGAGUUGGACACGACUAAACAACAACAACAAAUCAAUCUAAGGCAAAGCAGCACAAACUAAAAUGGGCCACUUUCCAAAACACCAAACAGGAGUGUGAACCUACUCUUGUGGUCAUUGCGCCCUCCUAGAUUAUAUCUCUAUAGUCUUAUAUAUGAAACCAGUAAGGUGUGUGUGUUUGUGUGUGUUUGUGUGUGUGUGUGUGUGUGUGUGUGUGUGUGGUGUACUGCUCAGCUCUUAGCACAGUGCUUCAUGGAUUAAAAACAAAUCAAAACUUUGUCAAAAGACCCAAACACAUAUCAACAGUUGCUAAGAUAAUAUUUUAACCUUCAAUUAUAUACCCUCUCCCUCCGCCCUUGUAAAAUUUGAUGCAUGAAUAAGAAAUAAUGGAUAAGUACUAUAUCUUUUGAAAUGGCCUCUGUCUUUCUGGAGUUAACAAUAAAUAUUCCGGAGAAAGAAAGCUUGAAGCUUAUAUAUUACCCUUCAGAUGAGUUAUCAUUUAAUUUUGUUAUUCUGGUCACUGUAUAUAUUUAUGCAAAUCUGAGGAGGCAAUAUCAUGUCAGGAUGGGUUGAUCAAAUUGGGUUGACUAGCUAACAAAGAAAGAUUACAAACAUGAUGAGUAUUUAUAAGGUAUCCUCAUAACUAUUUUCUUUUAAACCUUCUAAACAAUUGAAUAAGAAAAGUGCAUUUAUGGGCACAAUCCAGCCUUCUUUUGGUCUAUGCAGGGCAGGAGCUAAAUCAUGAGUCCAUUAAUUUUGAUACAGUAUUGUAGGAGAAGCUCCCUAUGGAUUAGACCCUAUAUUUAUUAAAAGCCAUUCUAGCAUUUCAGAAAUUCAUGUUCAGGUUUCACUCUCUCAUCAAUUUUUUCAUGAGAUUUUGAGUAGUUUCACAUGCUUAAAUCUAUCUUGUAUUCUUGCAAUAGAGUCAAUAAUAAAAUUGUUGGAAGGGUAAAAUAUCUCUCAUCCUCAUAUGUCUGGUAAUGGCAGCUGAAAUGCCAUCAUAGACCUGACCAAACUCACAUGAAACUAUUGGAGAAUAAAUGCAACAAGAACACAACACACCUAAUAAUGCAUUUAUCAUAUCAUUUGGAAAUGCACAUUGAACCCAAGUUCAUGCAAUUAUAAAUUCAUUUGUUAUACUCUUGGCCAUUGUUCCAACCUUUAAAGCACCAAAUAAACCUUUAGGAGGGAAUCAAACCACCUUGAUAAUUCAAACAUUAAUUCCUUUUCUGCCUACUGUUAAAAUCUGUGUGAUUAAUAAAAAGAGAAUUCAUAUGUAGAGUAAUAUAUGAGCUUCCCUUUGCUAGAAUAUUUAUCGUUAAACGGGUAGAAAGAGGCCAUUUCAGGAGAUAUAGUGCCCACCCAUAUCUAUUUCCUCUCUCCAUGCAUCAGAAAAAUUACAGCAGGUUGAAGGCUGACCUGAUUAUCUCCUUGUCCUUGAAAGUUUGACCUCUGCACUAGUUGUUGAAAAUACCAAACAGAGCAAAAGACUGACACUCGUAACAUUACAAGCACAUAAUUGAGUUAAGCUCGAAUCUUGAAUGAAUUUUAAUGCCUGGAAAGUUAAUGUAGUCUGAGAGUUUUAUCUUUUUAAUUUUCAAAUGGUCUAAUAUGAAGAAUGCAUUGCACAACAUUGAUCAUAAAGAGGGACAGGUGAACAGAGAGCAUGUGAAACACACACACACUAUUAGGGAUGGUUAUAAAUGGCACCUGAAUACCUCAGAUCAGUCCUUUUUAGUAAACCACAAUUAGUUGUGUAUGUUACAGGUUACAAAAUUCCUGCAAUCCCAUGUAAGAAAUGACUUGAUAGUAAUACCUGGAACAUCACAUUUGAUAAUGUUACAUGCAGGGUUGUUCAUGCAUAUGACUGACCAUAUUAUAAAAACAUACUGUAGUUAAUAGUAGUGAAAACUCAGUGUGUAAGAUCAGAACAUAUAUUCAAGGUAAAAUGGAUCUCUUCCAUUUUCUGUAGCCCAUUAGCAUUUACAAGUGAUGCAUCAUAGAUAAAGAAAUUAGCUGCCAAUGGGACUUUUAGUAGGUUUAUUAUAAAACUGGAUGGGUUGGAUCAAGAUUGACUGUUUCACAAAUGAAGGCCUCCUUCUACUCAUAGAAGGCACAAAAGCUCCCCACUGGCAGAAGAAAAGGAGAUACCUGACCUGUCUCUCAAACAUAAGGCCCCACAGGGCCUCUAUAUUGUCAGUAGGGGUACCAGCUUGAAUAAAAUAUGGGGGGGGGGCAGGUAAGGCCCACCUCACAUAAUCAAUGUCAAGAUGUGGUGCACACACAUCAUUUGAAUGGCAAUCCCCAUCAACUGAGGGGUGGGGGUGGCCAAAGGGAUCUCAGCCCCUAGGAGGUGGCCCCUAUGCUUACCAGCAUUUAAACUCAGUUUAUUAGUCCUUGUCCAGUCCACAGCAUUGGCAAGACACUAGUCCAGAGUCUGCACACCCAGUCCUAUUCAAGAUGUUACUAGUGGCGGACCAUGGGGGUCUCAAAUUUCAGCAGUGCCCUGUGUGGCACCAAAAUUUGGUGCCCGCCGCCUCUCACCCUCCAUUCUACAUCAUGGCUGUGUCACCCCCUGCAGUGCCCCCAAGGCUCCAUGUUUGAUGCAGCCAAACCAGUCGCACUCCCCUAAAUCUACCUCUGAUAUUACAGAUAAGUAGAACUGUGCGUCAUCAACACACUGAUGGCAUUUUGCUCCAUAUCCCCUAAUGAUUGCUCCCAGUUGCUUCAUAAAGAUGUUAAAUAGCACCAGGGACAAAACAGUCUCCUUUUGCACCCCAUAGCACAAACACCAAGGGGCCAAUGAGCAUUCACCAGUGCCACUCUUUGGAACUGACAGGGCAUGUAGGAUCAUAACUCCUGUAAAACAGUGCCUCUGACACCCAUCUCACAGAUCCUGUGCAGGAAACUACCAUGGCUGAUAGUAUCAAAAGCCACUGAGAGAUCAGGUACUCCACUUGUCCUCUACCAAUCAUCAGGUUGACCAAGGCUGAUUUGGUGCCAAAACUGACUCAAAUGUAUCCAGAUAACCAGAUUCAUCAACAAACUUCCCAAUCACCUUUCUAGCACUCAAGGAUUUGUUUAUUUGUUCAAUUUAUAUUCCAUCAUUUCCUCUAAAGGGUUCAACAGUUCUCUCCCUCAUCAUUUAAUCUCCACAACAACUCUGUGAGGUAGGUUCAGCUGAGGGGCGGUGACUGGCCCAAGGUCACCCAGUGAGCUUCAUGGCGGAGUGGGGAUUUGAACCUUAGUCUCCCAGGUCCUAGUCUGACACUCUAACUACUACACCACACUGGCUCUCAUUAAUUAACAUGCCAUAAGCAUAGCAAACAACAUGAAGGCAAGUCCAUAACUAUGUUCUUACUUCUCAAUGACUAACAUUAAAUGAUAUGUUGAAAAUAUGAGAAGGCUUAUCAGACACACAACACAGAAUAUGCAAAUUACUGUACAUCAUUUAACGGAUAGAACUUCACAGCAGACUCAGUUCACUGAUGGUUCAGGUGAAAGUUAUCAAGUGACAUCACCGUGUAAUAUAUAUUCAUGUGUAAAUGUGUCCACAAUGCAUCAUUAUCAGAGAGCAGAGAAGUUAACAAUGAUGACUUUAAAAGGGGAAGAAUGGGCACCAUAAUCAAAGUAAUUACAUUCACCUUUCCCAAGUCAAAAAAUCAGCUAAAGGCUCCAUUGCUUCCUUUUGUACUAUAGAAACUGGUAUGAUCUGAACAUCUCACACUGCCUCAUACCAAGUCAGACUAGAGGAUUGGCAUUUGCUCUCCAAGAUGUAAGAUGUGAGACAGGCCUUUCCCUGCCCUUCUAUGUUAACUGGAGAUGCUGGGGCUACCAAUUCAUUCUAAUGAAGCUUUAAAUUAGAAAGAUCUGUACAAAGCUGAAAGAAGGAGAGCCAUUUUGGAGUUGACAAGAAGAAAAACCGAACACACUUUAGUCAGAGGAUUUGCAACAUUAUCAACAGACUAUAUUUCAGACACAUAGGGUGAGGUCUGCUAAACCUUUGUUUUACAAAGCAGCUCCAAGAGCAAGCAGCAUGUAGUGGAUGACCUUUCAAGCUGCAAACGUGAUGUUAUCUGUCUUUCUAUCUCUGAUUAAAAUCAAGAUCAACAAAUAUGUAUUCUGAUUAAUGCUAAAGCAGAGUCCGCUAUCAAUAAGCUGUUUUCUGCCAGGGCCAUCAGUUCAAACUGAAUUUAUUUCUUCAUGUCAGUGUCAUACUGCUGAAUUGCCACUAUUUUGCCUCAUAUACAAUUUGAGUGGCACAUUCAAACUUUUCAUUUAUUUUUAAAGUACAAUUUUCAUAGUUUGCUGUAGAUAGCAAUGUUCUCCAAGCCUGUAUCACGUGUUGGGCAUCAGUGUGAAGUGGGGCAUGCCAGUCUUCUAGUUUGCAAAGAAUCUCAUUGUCCUGGUCUGACCAGGCCUGUUUACGUAAAAUUUGCUUAAGCAAGGGAGCUUAAGCUGGCAAAAAAUUGAACCAGGAAGAGAAGUGGAGUGGAUUUUUUAUAUUCCCUACAUUUUUAAUAUCUUUGUUUCGGUUCCUAUUCCGUACUUGUACCUUACCAAAGACAACUGUGGCUGUCUUUUGUCUGUCAGUCAGCCCAAUUGCAUCAGUGUCAUAUUCAAGUGCUGGUAUGAUUUAAACAUGGAUGCAAAACUAAGCUUAAUAUACUUAAAGAAUUAAACUUCUGUGGCGGUCUGGGUUUAGAUACAUGUGAGCUCUUAGCAAAAUCUAAGGUGGAAAAACAGGUUGUGAGUGUAAAGGGCCUGGAACAGUAAGUAAUAUUGGUUGUCAGGCUAGAUUAGUGAAGGAAGCAGGAGCAAGAGUAUGGAACCAUAUUCUUAAGAGUAUUUUAAGUGCCAACCUUGAAAGAAGUCAAAUAACACAUCCCACACAACAGGCAAGGUUUUGCUGGAUGAGAAAGGAUAGUGAUUUAACAGGUCGUUUUCUUCAAAAUACUGAGACAAAAACCACUUCUCUUUAAUAGAUGUUAUGAUCUCCUUAUUCUGAAUACUAAGGUGGAAUGACACAAAUAUAAACAGAUUUCACUUUUGAUACUGAAAUCUAAGAGCUUUGUAGUUGUAUUCUUAUACUUAGUUUUAAUGUUUGUUUUUACAUUGAUGUUUGAGUCAUUUUUCUGAAAAAACAACAACAAAUAAAUAUUAUUAAUAAAACAAUAAUAAUAUCCAGUUCAAAAUCCAAAUUUGUCCAUCUCAUAAUGCUCAGGUGUAACAAAAAUUGAACACUAUUCUCUCUAGAAGUUAUCCUGUGUCUCAAAAUGUAAAAUGACAUUCUGCAUGUGUCAUGUGUGUACCCAAAGCCAUCUGCCCUGACUAAGCGUUUGUUGUUUGCUGUGAAUAAUGUGACCAGAUUAUCUAACCAAGUAGACUUUUGUUUGGUGGUAAAUUAAUUCUUAUUAUUCUUUCUUGCAGAAAUUUAACAUUGUUAAUGUUGCCCAUCCAGAUCUAGUUGAAUUUCAAGUGCUAUGUUGUGGAUGUAGCUAAAACUAACAACAAUUUCCUAAGGGUCAAUAUGAUAAUGGGUAUAUGCACAGCAUUAUCAAUGCAUGUGAUGAUAAUUCAAGCCAGGAGAGAAAUCUAUGAACCUUUCAAUCCCUCUCUCCCCCCCCCAAACCUUCUCUGAUGUGUGAAUCCAUUUUGAAUUGAGACAAGGGUAGGUCCUCCAGAACAAAUUCUGAACCAUCAGAACCUAACCUUCAUAAACCUACAGUUGCUACAGACAUAUUAGCACUACUUAACAAUUUGACAAGACUAUAAUGAGCAGGUGACUGGGAUCAUCUGUCACGACAGUUAUGGGAAUGAAUAAAGGCAACGUCAGGUUUGGAUCAGAUUUGUCUUUCAGGAUUUUUCUAUCACCAUUCUUUUGGAUGCUUCAGCCAUGUCACAGGUAGACUAGAAUAACUGCCAGACGUAACCCAACAAGUCUUUAUAGCUGAGUUAAAUAUUUGGGAGGAGAGCAACUUACCCAUGAAUCUGGGAGAUCAACGUCCGUGAGAGAGGAAGUAAGACGGGGCUGGUGAGAGCAACAAGUACAUUUUUCCCACUCCUCUAUCCUUGUAAUCAGGAAAUCACAGGGGCACAGCUGGUUAUCAGGAAAAGGUUUCCAAUCACUCCAGAGUUGAAAUUCAGUUUCUGAACGGAUGGAAAUAUUUCCUAAGUUGCUUAGUCUGGAAGUAUAAGAUCUGCCCAAGGAAGUUGAUAGAAGGCCUGUUCUCGUCUCAGCUUCAUCCUUUCGCCUUGUAUUCUCUCUCAAUACUUUCUUGUCCUGGGAUUUGCUUAAUUUCAUACAUGAUGUUGGAGCUUCAUCCUCAUCUUCGGAGACAUAUACAUCUUGUGGCGGUGGUUCUUUAAAAAGUUUAAAAAUAAAUAAAUGAAACUGUGGUUUGAAACAGUGUUUUAUCUUCCCACCCAUCCCCAAAGAUACAUAGAAAUAUUGGGAUGCAGGCAAUUCUGUACCAAACUUGUGGAACUACUAACACACACUUGGUAUAAAGUACAGGAUAUUUGUAAGAGUUGAUCUAGGAAACCGACCCCACAAUUAUGACCUACGCACCUAAGAUUUUAUGCAGAGAUGGCCACAUUUGAAUGGUCUAUCCCCACAUGGGUGAGUGAAGCCAGCAGAGGUGGGGAUAGUGCGCAUGUUUCACAUGAUGAGCUGCAUUAACUCUUGAGGUAUUGUCUGAACCAGUUUGCAGACAUUCUGUUGAAGCAAGGAAGUCUCUAACCUCCCACUGAUCUCACAAUUCAUAGAUUUUUUCAGCUUACUCAGGAGACACUAUAGUCUCCCCAGGACAUAUUUAAUUUAAAUAAAUGAGGGAAUAAUAUUUUUCUGCAUAAUUUACCUACUUUGGUACUCAUUUUCUGAACCUACAUAGAAAACUGAAAUAAGCGCAAGCAUAUAUAGACUCAAAAGGUGUCCCUUUACUUACUGAGAGGUAUCAAAACAUGUUUGAUGUCAUCCAAACUGUGUAUACUGGCUUUCUUAGUUUGCACUAAUUUCUGCAACCGUUUUAAAGUUCCCACGGUUUCAGCUUUAUUUUCAUCAGAUUCUGCAACCUAGAGUAGAAAAGAAACAUAUGGUCAAAACACAUUGAAAUUUUUGUUUCCCUCUCUCCCAAGAAGCAAAGAAAUACAGUGUAUUUUUUUUUUUUUUGCAAGCUCCAAAGUGACUCUGAGGUGUUCUCAAAGGUGCUACAAAAAAUAUUAAUUAAAUCAGCCAGCUGACUGAUGCAAUAGUGGCAUGAUUGCUUGAAGGACAACUUGAAAAAUAGUCUCAUGGAAAAGGUUGAAUUUCCAUGAGUCUUUGUUCUAUGCACAUUUUCCUGGCUUUCCAAACAUCAUAGUUUCUACUGCAUCCGACUACUAGUUGACCUAAUCAAAUAUUGUCUACACUAACUAGCAGCAGACAGGAGUCUUUCUCAUGUGUCUGAAGAUCCCUCAAUAAUAGUGUUCCUGGAUUGACUGCACUACCUCUUCUCAGGUUACAAGCAGUAUGUGGCUUUGAAAGAAGACAGAAGUUACGG